AUGAGGGCGCUGCCGGUGCUCCUGCUGCUCGGGACGGUCCGCUCCGGACUGGGCUUUAACGUGGACACCCGCUUCCCGCUGGUAAAACAGGCUGGCAUCUCCGGGGGCAUGUUCGGCUUCUCAGUGUCCCUGCACCAGCAGACCGAGGGCGAGAGCCGGUACCUGUGAGUACUCUGGGGGACUGGGAGUAAUGGAAGUGGACAUAGAGUACCUGGGAGUAAUGUGAGGGACUGGGAGUAAUGGGAGUGGACAUAGAGUACCUGGGAGUAAUGUGAGGGACUGGGAGUAAUGGGAGUGGGCAUAGAGUACCUGGGAGUAAUGUGAGGGACUGGGAGUAAUGGGAGUGGGCAUAGAGUACCUGGGAGUAAUGUGAGGGACUGGGAGUAAUGGGAGUGGGCAUAGAGUACCUGGGAGUAAUGUGAGGGACUGGGAGUACCUGGGAGUAAUGUGAGGGACUGGGAGUAAUGUGAGUGGACAUAGAGUACCUGGGAGUAAUGUGAGGGACUGGGAGUACCUGGGAGUAAUGUGAGGGACUGGGAGUAAUGUGAGGGAAUGGGAGUACCUGGGAGUAAUGUGAGGGACUGGGAGUAAUGGGGGGGGGGAGGGGGGGUGGCAUAGAGUACCUGGGAGUAAUGUGAGGGACGGGGAGUGAUGGGAGGGGGCAUAGAGUACCUGGGAGUAAUGUGAGGGACUGGGAGUAAUGUGAGGGACUGGGAGUAAUGUGAGUGGACAUAGAGUACCUAGGAGUAAUGUGAGGGACUGGGAGUAAUGGGAGGGGGCAUAGAGUACCUGGGAGUAAUGUGAGGGACAUGGUGUACCUGGGAGUAAUAUGAGGGGACAUUGUGUACCUGGGAGUAAUAUGAGGGACAUGGUGUACCUGGGAGUAAUAUGAGGGACAUGGUGUACCUGGGAGUAAUAUGAGGGGACAUGGUGUAUCUGGGAGUAAUAGGAGGGGACAUGGAGUACUUGGGAGUAAUGUCAAGGGACGUGGUAUACCUGGGAGCAUUGUGAGGGUACAUGGAGUAGUACCUAAGAGUACUGUGUGUGAACUGGGGGUACAUGAAAGUAAUGUGAGUGGCACCAGGAGUACAUUGGAGAAAUGAGUGGGGUACUAGUUGGUAACUGGGAGUAAUCUGAGUGAACAUGGGUAGCUAGGAGUAAUGUGAGUGGCACUAGGGGAUACCUGGGAAUAAUCUGAGGACACAUGAGGUAUCUGGCUGUAAUUUGUCUUGCAACUAAUGUAACAGAAAGUAAUCAGAGGGGACAAGGGGUACCUGGAAGUAAUGUGAGAGGACAGGAAGCUCCUAGGAGUAAUCUGAGGGGGACAUGGGUUGUAGGGAGUAAUGUGAGUGGGGCACCUGUGAGUAAUGGUAGUGGGAUCCAUGGUACCUUGGAAUAAUAUGAGUGACACUGAGGCUUACCUUGAAGUAAUGUGAGUGGUUCUGGGGGUACCUGUGAAUAAUGAUGGUGGGAUUCUGUGUACUCGUGCAGAGAUCUCAGACAAGUACCUGGGAGCAAUGUGAGUGAGAAAGGUGGCGGUGGGCGUAAGGUUGAAUAAUUUGAAGGAAGCAUGUCUACUUUAAAGCAUUAUUUUAUUUUGGAGUGUAUUAGGUAAGUGUGGGUACCUAGAAGUGAUACGAGUACACAGAAUAGUGUGGGUAAUGGGGACAAAUGAGAGUAAAGUGUUUAAGAAUGGUACAUAUGCCUACUAGGAUUAAUGUGGCUCUAAUAUUAUUAUAGGAAAAUUACUGUAUGGGCUGGUGAGCAGAAUUACCUCUUCUAGUGGUCAUAGUAACUCAAAGUAAUGUGAGGAUUCUAUCAGUGGGUAAAAUGAAGGGGCAGAAAAUAAUGGACAGGAAAUUAAAAAUGAAAUCCUGAAAACUGUUGGAAAGGACUAGAGAGCGGUUAAGUGGUGAUACAUGUACAUACUGAGUAACAGGUGCUAUAUAGAAGCUUGAGAAUUCAGAGAGAGUGUGUGUGUUUUUCAAGAUUCCAUUAAGAACAUGUGGUAUCUAUAAUGGGUAGCAAUGGGUGCCUUGCAAAUCUCUGCUAGGGAUGUGUGAAUGAUGUGAUACUUAAUAUGAAUUUAUAGAGGCUGUUCUGGUUUGAGGUAAAGCAGAUGAGAUUUUAAAAGGACUUAGGGAAGUUUGGAAACAGCUGAGAAGUGAUAAUGAAUGCUCGUCGGUUAAGAAGUUUCUAAUUGAUAACUUAGUAAAGAAUUGAAAAAUAAAUUAUAAUCUGCUGGUUACUUCUAUAUAGGAUGUGCUACAUUAGCUAUUAGCAAAAUUUGACAUUGGUUUCAAGAAAACAGCCAGAAAAUCAUGAAAAAAUUAUAGUGGUAAAACCCUCCCAGAUCAAUAUACUUUAUUAUUAUUAUUAUUUUAUUAUUUAUAUAGCGCCGUCAAAUUCCGUAGUGCUGUACAAUGGGAUUCUAUAACACAGUAACGUUGCUUCUAAAUAUAAACAUGAUUGCAAACAAAGCUAAUUGAUAUUCUGAAUGUAUUCUCUUGACUGAUGUUUUUCUGGUUUAUUUAUGGACUCUUGUUAUUCAAGCCUCUCCCUUUGGAGACUUUAGUAAAUGAAUUUGAUAUAAUGGAUCAACACUGAUUUCUUGUAGAGUACAGAUCUGUGAUGUCCUGCAGAUUUCUUUUAUUUUUUUUAUUAAUUUUUUUUUGGCCAAUCUUAGAAGUCAACGCUCUGCUUGGUAAGGCCCGAAAAAAUGGUGUAUUGUUUACAUGCACCUUUUAUUUAAGAAGGACUUUCAAUGUCUUUCUUGCUGCAUUCUAGCGGGAGAAGAGUUAACUGAGUCAUUUCUCUCUGGUAUGUGACUUAAGGAUUUUUUUUUCUGGGACAGCAUCUUGCCGCAGAGAGGUUAAUGCACUGAUGUCUGCCUUUCCCUUGGCAAGAGAAAAGUUGAUUAAGUGAUGGUGGGUAGACCUCUGAUUCAGGCCUAAUGGAGCUACAGUGUCCCAGCCUCUGGCAUAAGUGGAGUUAAUCAGUAAGGCUCUGUAGUUCUUGGCCCUGAGAGAGGCCAGUGUUCUGCAGAGCUAUCAGUCUGUCCUCCCGCCCCUCUCCAUUCAUCUCACCUGCAGAUAAGUUGGAGGGAAUUUUUUUUAUAUCUUUGCAGGGCCGGAUGUGCAAACAGGUAUGCAUGUACUCUGCCCAUACACAGCUGAGUACAUGUAGAGUAUUAAACGUGAGACCAGGCCUAGCUCUAGCUGGCAUAUGUCUGGGUAAAAACUCAAUCUGGCACCCUUCCAAGUGUAAAAUCACAUAGAAACAACAUAGAAUGUGAAUCUAGUUUGCCCAAUUUUCUAAAUACUUUCAUUAGUACCUGGCCUUAUCUUAUAGUUAGGAUAGCCUUAUGCCUAUCCCACGCAUGCUUAAACUCCUUUACUGUGUUAACCUCUACCACUUCAGCUGGAAGGCUACUUCAUGCAUCCACUACCCUCUCAGUAAAGUAAUACUUCCUGAUAUUAUUUUAAAACCUUUGCCCCUCUAAUUUAAGACUAUGUCCUCUUAUCAUAUGAGUCUACAGUAUAUAUGCAAGAUGUAUUUACUUAAUCAGGAAUCAUGUAGAAAUGACAAGGGGUAUACACAUUUUAGGCCAAUUUUGAUUUAUUCUCCAACCCCGUUACAUUCUAGCUAGCUCAGCUAUUUUGGCAAAACAUUAGCAAUUCCUUGGUCAGUGCUUCACAAUUCAAACUUUGUCAAAUAGACACUAACUGUAUACUUUUAAAUGAGCCUACUUAUGGCUAAAUGAUGGAACCUAAAAUUGCUACUGCUGCUACUAGGUUAUAUAUAAGGUCAUAGUAAAGCAAAGUAUAAUCAUAAUUCUAUGUGUUCUCACUAUAUAAUAUGUUAAUUAACUUAGAACCGACUCAUCGUUCCCCAUUUAACAUGACAUUUAUGGGCUACAAUCAUAUAUAACUCAUCUGGGCUUAAUAUUUAACUAAUCUGUCCAGAUUAGAGUAUGAUAGCUCAUAGGAAUUUAUUUGUAUCCUUGGGCAAAGAGAUUUAUCAAAAAUUAGCUUUUUUCCACUUAAUAGCAUAAUGAUUAGUGUACAGUAUGUUUAAUGUAUACCUGCCUGUAUUGGUGGGCUUAGGGUGAGUGUAGUGGAUGUAGGUGUGUGAGCUUAACUUCCAUUUCCUGUAACACAUUCCAGAAAUUCCUAGGUGUACAUACACAACUCCUCCCUACCUCACCUCUCCGUAUAGUCAUACCUUGGGGGAACAAAAUUCCUUGAUACUGCCUUACAGCUAUAUAGAAUUUCUACAGUAAACGCUGCAUGUACAGAGAACUGGCUUCAUUCUGUGAAUAGGAGAUUAUGGUGACAUUUACUAAUUUCUAAACACUUAGUGAGAUUCCUAAAACUCUAAUGUUACUCUAUGGAGAUAGUUGACAAUGAAUUGCAGCGGAAUUUUCAAAUUCAGUGCAGUUUGAACUGACUUUAUAAACGUAACAUUCUAGUUCUCGGUCAAUUAAAAUGAAUGAAAGCAAUGCUUAAUUGAAUCCCUAUUGACUUCAGUGCUGACUAGACAAUAAAUUUCACAGCACAGCCAGGAGUGGGUGCAUAGUUUCAUCUGACCAGUGAUCCCACUACUGGUCGUUAAGCAUGGCAGACCACACAGACGGCUGUCCUUCUGCAAUUAUCCUUCUCAUUCAUUCUUUUUAUUCAGGUUCUCUGCAUCAUGUUCAGGGGAAUUUUCAACCUGUAUAAUGUAAUGAGUUGUAGUGCUUCUAGAAUUUUCAACUCAGCUUGUCAUAUCGUAGAAGCUCUGAAGGUCUGAUCAUCUCUGAACCCUUCUCCAAGAAGCCAGCCAUAAGUAAAUGGAGUGGCUGAAGAAGGAGCCACCCAACCACCAAAUUAAAUGAACACUAUACAAGCCUGCAUUCCUAACACUAUAGAGCCCCUGUGCCUUGAUAUAUCCACCCCAUCAAAUGUGCAAUAAUAAUUAAGACAGUGACGCUUUUACCUACAUUUUUCCACGGCCAAAGCUCCCUCUGUGCUGAUCAUCUCUCUGCCUCCCGUGAACUCAUCGAGUAGGCAUGGCCUACGGAUUAUAUUCGUAUAUUCGAGUAUAUUCCCAACGGAGUAUAUUCAAAGCAAGGUCUAGUUACCAGUGGGGUACAUCAGGGAUCUGUACUUGGACCCAUUCUCUUUAAUAUUUUUAUUAGUGAUAUUGCAGAAGGUCUUGAUGGUAAGGUAUGUCUUUUUUGCUGAUGAUACUAAAAUUUGCAACAGGGUUGAUGUUCCAGGAGGGAUAAGUCAAAUGGCAAAUGAUUUAGAAAAAUCAGGAAAAUGGUCAGAUACACCACUGUGCAUGGCAUAGUAGUAAGGACAGAUUGGUAUUAAAAUGAAAUAAAAUUGAUGCCUUUACAAGUCAGCUAUGCCAUGAAUGCUAAAUUUGUAACUGGUUCCUCUAUAGUGAUGGCAAAGAACUUAAGUAAUUCCAUUAAUAAAUAAAUGAUAAAUUAAUGAAUUUGCCUGAACAGCAUAUAUAGAUGAAUGUUUAUUCUAUUGCAGGACUCAAAAAACUACUAGCCAGGUCUGAAGGUUAAUUGCCCCUGCAAUCCUAGAGGGUCUAUGUCAUAUCUACCAGGGAUUACGUUUCACUCUCCAUUGUCUAGUAGAUGAUUUUGUACAGCCCCACUCUGUUACUAGUUUUAUUUUUUUUGUCUGGUGUGUUAUUUAUUUAUUUAUUUUUUUUACAUUUUCCGGGUUAUUCACUAAAGUGCGACAGUGUCGGAAAUUCUAAGUAAAUUUCAGAGUCUAGGCCUCAAUAGAUGAUUUGGGGAAAAAAAAAAAAAUCACUUUGAUUUCCCAUCCAUUCAGACAUUAGACAAUCACUCUGACAGUUUAUAAGUGUUUUACUAAUCCUUGUUAAAGUGCUUUUACAUUAGUCAAUAAAAAACACCAGACUGGCUAUGUUGCAUCGAUAUUCUGCAACAUGAUUUAGUACCUUUUAAGAUAUUUGUGCAUACAUUAUUUGCCUUAUGUGCUUUUCCCAGCAUGAAUCUGGCCUCCUGUUUCUGAUUGGUUGUACAUUUGACACGUUUUGGAGUCUUUAUUACUCUCUGUUAUAGCUGGAGAGAGUUUAUGUGUACGCGAUUCAACAGACAGUGAUCUUUUUAGCCAGGCUGAAAUCUUAUAACAUGUUUGUUAAAAAUCUUCUUUCACAGUAUGUGGUCGAAAGAAGCUCAGCUGAGUGACUUUAUUAAAUGUCAAACCAGCAUAUAACUUGAUUUGUAUAUAUUUUGUUGAUAAGUGACAGGCUGUGUAGGGUGGAAGAGCCUAUGUUAAGAUUCCUCAACACAUACGCUGCAGUGUUCAUUUGACUGUAUGGUGUAGAAGUAAAUUUCCGUGAUAUAAACCCUACAAUAUAUGCAAUCAUUUUUCACGAGAUUGUACUGUGAUGAGUAAAAAUUCCAUCAGUCAAGCCAAAACUUGUUCUCUACUGGCUAUCUAAGGUUGAAUGAAACAAUUACGCUCCCCCUACUCCCCUCACUCCCCUGCUGUUUGACUGGUUAUCAUUUGUGAAAUGUUGGCAUUCCUCAAUAAUACUUAGAGGGACACUAUAGUCACCAGAACAACCACAGCUCUCACUGCAUUCUGUAUAGAGAAUUCUGAUCCUUUGCUCAGAAUAAUGUGAUAACAAUGUUAUAUACAAUGCAUCAACAUUUAGAAUCAUUCGAAAAGGUUGUUGCACCACAUAGACACUAUAAAGUAUUAGGGAUAGUAUACUUUAAAUCUGUUGUUGUAAUGGGUAGUCUUAAGAAAACCCAUCCCCCAUUUUUAUUUAAAAAUCUGAAAGUUUUGUGCUUGGAAUGUUUGAGGUGGGAACAUUAAAUAGUGUAGGACGAGCCCAACUCAUUUCUGUUGACAGAGAUGCUCUGCUAGCUGUAUACCAAGAGAGCACACACAGCUGUUUAGACACUAAUUUUGAGGCCUCAGUACAAUUCCCACCUCUGGAAUUUGCUUUGAUCUACAUAACUGAGAAAAUAAUUAGAUAUUAAACUAAUUACCUAGUGAAAUAUGUAAUGAGCAAACCAUGAUUUGAAAAAAAAAAUUUUUUUAACACUUGCAGGUGUAUUUUUUCAUUUGGGCAACUUUAUAUAUUAUUUGCAGUCGGGGGACAAUAAGCCAAGCUAUACUAGUGGUGGUAUAAGUUGGUUGUGGCGUGCCGAAACCAGUGUUCGGGUAGACCUGUUAAAGAGGGCCCAUUAAGUGAAUGCUUAAAGGACCACUGUAGGCACCCAGACCACUUCAGCUUAAUGAAGUGGUCUGGGUGCCAGGUCCAUCUAGGUUUAACCAUUUUUGCCGUAAACAUAGCAGUUUCAGAGAAAUUGCUAUGUUUACAAUAGGGUUAAUCCAGCCUCUAGUGGCUGCCUCAUUGACAGCCGCUAGAGGCGCUUCCGCGCUUCUCACUGUGAUUUUCACAGUGAGAUGACGCCAGCGUCCAUAGGAAAGCAUUGAUAAUGCUUUCCUAUGAGACUGGCUGAAUGCGCGCGGGGCUCUUGACGCGCAUGCGCAUUCAGCCGGUGACGUCAGAAGAGGGAGGAGAGUCCCAGCACCGAGGUAACCCGGCACUGGAGAAAAGGUAAGAAUUUAACCCAUUCCUCCCUCUUCAGCGUCACGGGAGUGGGACCCUGCGGGUGGGGGCACCCUCAGGGCACUAUAGUGCCAGGAAAACUAGUGUUUUCCUGGCACUAUAGUGGUCCUUUAAUAAAGGGAGCGGUGCUUGGAUGAAACCAGGAGGUCUCGGCUCAGGGGAAGGGGUGGCCUGUGAAUUUAUAGGCCUGGUAAACCCUCCCACAUAUUCUGCCAGUCUGCUUAAUAUGCACAGCAGACUCUUGGAAAUCUCUGUCCAAAUUCAUGUUAAAUUCAGACUAUUGUGAAGGCUAUUUAACAGAUGGAUGGAUUGACUAGGUAGGCACACGACUGUCUCUAAAUUUUUAUUUUUUUAUUUUGCAAUGUUGUAGCUUGUUCAGUGCAAACUUGUCUAACCAUUCCACAUCCCAAGUAGCAUUACACUACUAUAAAUUCAGUUUUUGAACUGGAGCAAAUAAUAGCCCCAGGCCUGAAUUUUCAUGACUUUUCUUUUUAAAAAGGUAUGUAACAGAAGCUCCCUGCCAUGUGAGAGGUAAUGGUAUUUGUGAUGUAAUUUGGCACAUGUUUGCACAGUAGUAUACGACCUGGGCAAAGCAGGGGGUGGAGACAGGAUAUGAGUGGCAAACCGCUGACAUCCUAAAUUUAUUUAUUAACUUUUUAGGAUAUUUCCUGUUCAUAUGCCAUUCUCUGAUAAAUAAAAUUAAGCCAAAUAUUUACAUUUAUAGCUUGAAGAUAGUGGAGGCAUGAUGUAAUGUUACAAUAUUUCAACAGAUAUAAAAAAAAAUACCAACGAGGGUAACUAUUGAGUUGUUAUUUUGUUUGGUUAAUAUAUUUUAAAUAGAAGGUAAUGCAUGAAAUAAGCAAAGAAUGUAAAAAGAUACGUAGACACACAGCCAGUCAAACAUGUGCCAAACCACUUGUUCAGUUGUAGUUGAAUUCCAAUCCAUUAGCAUAUCACACUGGACCAACUCAAGAGAUGUGCCAGGGUUGAAAUCUCAUAUUGGUUACCCAUGCGUAUGAGAUACAGCAGCUAUAGACGUUUCAGGUCCUAAGCUGCUAGCCAAGCUUAAAUAUUGAAUUUUUAUUCAAUAAUGGCUAGUGGGCAAGAGGAGAUUUUAAACCUUGUACAAGACAAUUUUAUUGACAUAAGCCUAAAAUGUAAAUCAGAUGUGGGGCCACUUCAUCAUUGUUUCGAGAGGGGUACCUGCCAAACUUUGGUUUUAAUGUCUACUGGAGGCUGAAAAAAAUCUCUUAUUUCAGGGAUGCGUAGCCGCAGCUUUAGGACGGAUCUGAUAUGGUAAAGGCACAAGUAACCUAAUGUUUGUUUGGGACAUCCUUUCUCAUAAGGCAAGCUAUUGAGCAUUGGUCUAUCUGUUUAUAAUACAUUUUCAUUUUGGCUUUUAUACAUUGAAUGACCUUCCAGUAGAGAUGGUAGAGACUCCAUGACUAGACGUGAUUUUUGAGUGGGCAUGCAUUUUUAAGCAGUGAUUGGGCCUGUGUAGGACUUUUUCCAGGAGCAUUCAGCGUCUUCUUUAAUUGAAUUCAAAUCCUAUUUCUCUGUGUUUAACUAUUUGCAAAAUUAGAGAGGCACGUAAUGGAGUGCUCACUCAUUUGGUUCUUACUGGGUAAAAAUGCCCUGUGUACGCUGUAGAGGCUUUUUGUCACUGUUCUUUGUACGGACAAUCUUGCUUAGGACUGAGCCAUUUUAUCUUCUUAAAAUCAUCUUUGAGAAAGCUUCUGGUUCCAUUUAUCUGUGUAUUUUAAGCACAUUUACCUGUGGUAUACUCUUGUAUAACUUCUCCUAUGCGGUGCUGUCACACUGUGUGCCGUCCAAAGCCUCUGAAAAAUAUCAGGAGCAGGAAUGAGACACAGACAAUCGGAUACAUCACUUAAAGGAACAUUCUAAGCACCAUAACAAACGAUGGUGAAAGAGGUUGAUUGUUACAAUCUGCCUGCACAUAGUUGCUUGUGAUUGCAGUAACAUGAAAAUAUUACUGUCGGCUAAAAGUCUGUCCCUUCUACCUUUGAUCUCAACUGAAAACGUUUUAGUUCUGUCUCUGAUACCCAAAUCUGUACACUUUCUCAGUAUAGCAUAUACACGUGGUGGUACACAACUAUGCAAGUCCCAGCUUUCCUUGAACAAUAACUCUCUGUGUACAGUUCUCUUGAUAUAGUACUAGUAACUGCAAUAUGGUGGUUGGAACUUUGUAUAAGAUCCGGGAGAUGCAAUGAAAGGCUUCUGAUUGGUGGAGCCGCUUCCUGCUUUGGCUUUUUGUUGCUACAGAUUGCCUGUGCAAGUGCAGAAUCUUUAGGAACGUUAGGUAAAUACAAUAUAUUUUUUUCUACUAUUAUUUAAAUUAAUUUGUGUGUCCCUUUAACACAGCGAUCUGCCAAACAGCUUGUUUAAUCUUUAUAUAAAAUUAUAUAUCUUCUGGAAUAUAGGUGGAUUUUGCACAAUCCAGCCCUGGCAAAACGUUUCUUCUGUCUUAGUCGUGACAUCACAAUUAAAAUUAUUUGUAUAGCGCCAACAUAUUCGGCAGCGCUGUAUAAUAGGUAAACAAGACAUAGCUUUCUUUCUAACAAACCACAUUUGACAUAUAUUUACAGGAGGUGACGAGGGCCCUAUGCCAAUAAGCUUACAAUCUAAAGACAAGCUUACAGUCUCAAGAUUAGAGUAUUACCGCAUUGCAAUGUGUCAGGAGACAGGAUGCUGUUGACCUGGGGCUUCCAAAUGAGGUCAGACCCAUAGAAGUUGUUUAAAUAGACAGCAGGACUAUUUCGCUAAAUGCUUGUGGUUUAACAGUAAGAAGAGACAUUUCUCUGUUGAUAUACAUGUGCCCAGAUGUACAGUUUAGCUCCUUCGUGGACCCUCCCUCCCUUUUCCAUCCCUCUGGUGUUUCUGUAGCCUAGGGCUCCUGUCUGUGUUAUCAAGAAUGAACUUGCUAAAGGUAGAGGGAUGAUGAAGCUGUCACCAAACUCAUUGUUACACAGCAUUCAGCCACAGCCUGCACUUUCCCUGUGCUGUGUGUACAGAGCUCUGUAGAGUAAAAGGAGUCUCUCACUUUCCCUGUGCUGUGUGUACAGAGCUCUGUAGAGUAAAAGGAGUCUCUCAUUUUCCCUGUGCGGUGUGAACAGAGCUCUGUAGAGUAAAAGGAGUCUCUCACUUUCCCUGUGCGGUGUGUACAGAACUUUCUGUUUUUUAUGAAUCUACCAGUGUCUGAGCUUUGUCCAUCUUGUGUAUGCAGUAGACAUGUGAAAUUUGUUUAGUUCCGAAUGUGAAUUUAGAUGUAUUUCAGGAAAUUCGGACAUUCGGAUGCUUCAGAAUGUCCGAAGUGCCGAAUUUCGGGAGGUGCCAAACCGAAUUGCUGAAGUGCUUCAGAUUUCUGAAAAGUUGCAAUACAAGAGAGGGAGGGAAAUGUACAGGAAUUUUGGCCAAUAAGCUAAUUCCUUGCACUGGGAGCCCUAUAGAUGUGUAAGUGGUUGUGGUGGUUAGGGGGUGUGUGGCUAGGGGUAGGGUUAGGGGUAAGGGUAGGGAUUAGGGUAGGGUUAGGGAGCCCUACAGAUGGAAGAAGAGAUCACACAGCUCCCUCGCCGCUUGUUGUAUGGAGAUAGGCGCCCGACCCACUGGACCCCAGGGACAAGUCCGCGCCAGCUCUCCAGGUAGGGAGGCUGGGUGGACAAUUUUUUUUAUAAAAAAUAAUAAUUUGUGAAUGUGUGUGUGUCUGUGAGUGUGUGUGUGUCUGUGAAUGUAUGUGUGUGCUUGUAAGUGUGUGUCUGUAAGUGUGUGUCUGAGUAUGUGUGUUUGAGUGUAUGUGUGUGUACGCAUAUAUAUAUAUAUAUAUAUAUAUAUAUACACACACACGAGUGUAUAUUAUUUUUUUGGGGGGGUGGGAAUCUUGGGACAGUUCCCACACUUUAUUCCCCAGGACUUGACCCCUGCCGGCAGGGGAGGUCUCCGGAUCUCCCCUGUUGGCUCAUGCAGAGCUGACGCUAUCUGAGUGCCGGCUCUGCUCUAAGCCUCCAUGGGCCGGCGGGGAGAUCAAAGAUCUACCUCACCGGCCCACAGCAGCAUGGAGGGAAGCAGGAGAGGACCCGGGGAGCUCUAGACAGAAGCUCCGCCAGGUUCCUCUCGCGAGAUCUGAGCGUUGCCGCCGCAAUGCUCAGAUCUCGCGAGAGUGAACUCUAGCCCCACAGGCUAGAGUUUACUCUCCCUUGGACAGCAAGGAUCCCCCCUCCCUACAUAAGGUAAGAAGGGAGGGGGGUUAUUUAUUAAUCUGCCCCCACUUUCACAAUCCCUCCAAACAUACAGCACACAUACACACAUACAGCACCCACACACAGCACCUACACACACACAGCACCCUAACACAAACAGCACGCACACACAGCACCCUCACAUACACAGCACAGAAACAGCACCUUCACACACACAGCACACAUACAGCACCCACACACACAGCACACUAACAGCACCCUCACAAACACACACACAGCAUCCUUACAAACACACAACACCCUCACACACAGCACACAGCACCCUCAAACAAACUGCACACUCACACACAGCACACUAACAGCACCCUCACAAAUACACAACACAAACAGCACCCUCACACACACAUAUCACACAAACAGCACCCUCACACACACAGCACACUAACAGGACCCUAACACACAUACACAAACACCCUCACACACAGCACACUACCAGCACCCUCACACACAGCACACAAACAGCACCCUCACACACAAACCGCACCUUCACACACAGCACACUACCAGCACCCUCACCCACAUAGCACACUAACAGCACCCUCACAAAUACACAACACAAACAGCACCCUCACACACACAUAUCACACAAACAGCACCCUCACACACACAGCACACUAACAGGACCCUAACACACAUACACAAACACCCUCACACACAGCACACUACCAGCACCCUCACACACAGCACACAAACAGCACCCUCACCCACAUAGCACACUACCAACACCCUCACACACACAUCACACUAACAGCACCCUCACACACACACAUAGCACCCUUACACACACAGCACCAUCACACAGCGCACUAACAGCACACACACACACAAACAGCGGUAUAUGUGUGUGUGUAUAUAUAUAUAUAUAUAUAUAUACAUAUAAAUAUAUAUAUACAUGCGGCGUGUGUUUGUGCUUUAGGGUGCACACCCUAAUGCAAUAGGCUGCGCACGCCUAUGGUCACUGUCUGUGCAGAGCUUGGUGUCACUGCCUGUUUAGAGCUCACUGUCUGUGCAGAGCUUGGUGUCACUGCCUGUUUAGAGCUCUUGUGUCAUUGCCUAUAUAGAGCUAUUUGUUACUGCCCAUACAGAGCUCUGUGUAACUGCAGAGCUCAGUGCCACUGUCGGUGUCACUGUCUAUGCUCUUCCUGUGCUGUGUACAAAGCUCUAUGCCCAGCGCUAGUAGUGAGCACACUGUCUGCAAACCUAUUAAUAAUAAUGGCCGAGCUAGGGUGGUGGAAUAAAUGGCUCUGGCCAAUUCCUGCUCUGUUCUUGCUGAACAAAUGCAUUUUGUAGCUGCUAUCAUUGCUGGCAUUUCACUUACAGAGCUUGAAUACUAAUGUAAUAACCUUAAUGCCUGCUAUUCCUCGUCAGCAAAGCUGGCACGGCUAAUCUUGGCAUCGUAGUUGUCGACGGAAGCGGUUUCUUUCUCCUGCCAGUGCUGUACCUGUGCUGUGUAAACACGUUAAGCCCAGCGUUUGUUGUGUGUACAUGUCAUAGUGUAUUAGUGUAUUGCCGUAUAUUGACAUUGAUUCACCUUGCCCAUCUCUGUACACAUGCCGUGUCCUAUGUGCAGGGGUGGGCAAGUUCUCUUCUUAGGGAUUUACUGCCUAAACUCUGAGUUAUACUGAAUAAUGCUUAAAUAUUUAAGGAAAAAAUAGCUGAUAGGGAUUAAUUCUCCAAUUUUGGACAGCAUUGCUGUAUUUCAUUGAAUUUUGAUUGAGAUUUAAGCUCUCUCGAGUUCUAAUAUUGGUGAAGAUCUGAUAAAUUCCAUUUUAUUUGGAAUAGAUAAAAGCAUAAAACAAAAAGAGAAACUCUUUAAUAUUAAUUAUACAGCACACUUCGGAGAGAUAAAGUGUAGUGAUGUCCCGAACAGUUCGCCGAACGGUUCGCUGCGAAUGGUUCACCGCGAACUCAUCGUUGAGUAAACUUUGACCCUGUACCUGACAGUCAGCAGACACAUUCCAGCCAGUCAGCAGCAGACCCUCCCUCCCAGACCCUCCCACCUCCUGGACAGCUCACUAAGAAUGCAGAUUCACAAUGAAUGUAAAAUGGAUGCUGUCCAGGAGGUGGGAGGGUCUGGGAGGGAGGGUCUGCUGCUGAUUGGCUGGAAUGUGUCUGCUGACUGUGAGGUACAGGGUCAAAGUUUACUCAACGAUGAGUUCGUGUCGAACCGUUCGGGACAUCACUAGUAAAGUGUUAAGACUUUAAUCAAUACAAGUGUUAAUAAUACAAACCUGUAUUGCCAGAAAUGUAAACAUAAAUUUAAAUUUUUAGGCCGCAUAGCAAUAAUUCUCCGUGUUUUCAUGUCAGCUGUUUCGGCCUAACACUUUUAAAAAAAAAAUAGAUUUAAACACUACAGGCACCAUAACCACUGUAGCUCGUUGUGUAGUGAUUAUGGUGCCAGAUGUUCCCUGGAACCACCCUAUCGUGAGGAAUCUAACCUUUUUUGAAUGGUUUGACUUUUUACCUGGCAGCUGCUGGGCACUGUUCCAUACCUUCACUACCACUAGUCGUUACUUCCUCACCAGAAACUUCUGUUACCUCUCUUGAGCUAAGCCCUGCAAUAUGUUGCUGAGAGUACUAUAUACUAUAUAUUUCUUAUUUUCCUAGCUCGGAAUAGCCCUAUACCAUAUACUUGUUGCUGAGAGUGUCAGCUGAUCGCUAGAGAAACCCCAGGUAAGAAAAGGCAGUGCAGCUAAGACAUGCUAUAGACACCAGAAGCAAUACGUUAAUGGGACACUCCAGGCACCCAGACUACUUCUGCCCAUUGGAGUGGUCUGGGUGCCAACUCCCACUACUCUUAACCCUGCAAGUGUAAUUAUUGCAGUUUUCUAUAAACUGCAAUAAUUACCUUGCAGGGUUAACUCCACCUCUAGUGGCUGUCUACUAGAGGGCACUUCCUGGUUUCUAGCACAGGAAACCUGUGCUAGAGCAUCGCUGGACUUCCUCACGCUAUGUGAGGACCUCCAGCGUCGCUCAUUUCCCCAUAGGAAACCAUUGAAAUGCAUUUUCAAUGCUCUCCUAUAGGGAGUGCUAAUGCGCAUGCGCGGCAUUGCCACGCAUGCGCACUAGGUCUCCCCGCCCGAUGGGCGGGAUCAGUCUCGCCCACCGGCCGACGCAAUGCAGAGGAGGAACGGCGACAGAGGAGGAAGCAGCGACGAGGGGAUUGGGGGGUGGGAGGGAGAGGGAACCUGCAGUGCCAGGAAAACGGAUUGUUUUCCUGGCACUGGAGUUUCCCUUUAAGCCGUAGGUGUUCUGGUGACUACAGUGUCCCUUUAAGGUGAAUUUACUGUUUAAUGUAGUUGUUCUGGUGAGUUUAAUCAUUGCCUGCAGGCAUUUUAAUGCAAACACUACAUUUACAGAGAAAAGGGAGUGUUUACAUUGCCCCCUAGGGACACCUCCAAGUGUCCACUCCUCAGAUGGCCACUGGAGGUGCUUCCUGGAGCAGUGCUGCCCAGUAGGCAGCACUGACGUUCAGCAUCUCCAUGCUCUGCAUGGAGAUGCUGAGUUUUCCUCAUAGGGAUGCAUUGAUUCAAUGCAUCUCUAUGAGGAGGUGCUGAUUGACUAAAACCGCAAUUGGCCCCCAUCCCGCCUCCCUACUGAUUUCAGCCAAUCCAAUGCUUUCCCUAUGGGAAAAAUCAGCAGGUCUGGUGAUGAAAAUGGGGGAAAUGAGGGUAGGGACUGGGUCGGCGGACUCGCGUGGCACUGGAAAUAAGGUGAGUUUUCACCUUUUCUAAGGGGGGGCAAACCACCUAAAUGGUGGAUUAAACACUAUAGGGUCCGGAAUAAAUAUUUGUGUUCCUGAUCCUGUAGUGUUCCUUUAAUCUGCCAUACACUGUCACGUGCACCGGCUUUAAACUCUGAAUGUGACUUUAAUGAGUUGAAGAUUUAUUUUUUCCAAAUCAACUUUGUCAGCCUUAAUUUUGCCGUUUAGAUUUUUCUUUGUUGCAGUUCAGAGAUAUCCACUGAAGUGCGAAUUGUCUGGAACGUAGAGUAAAUUUAGACCAAGGAUACUGAACUGGUGAUACCUUAUCUGGCUUGGUGAAUGUUCCCAAUUUUGCUGUUUUGGCUCGAAGUAAGACAUUCACUUUGAUUUCACACUUUAGUUAACAAGUCUGGUAGAAUGUUAACCCCUUGGCUAAGCUGUUGAAAUUGUUGCAUCAUGUUGUGAACAUUGAUUCUAAACACUUUCACAUUUCAAAGCAAAUAAAAAAGUUUUAAAAAAAAAAUGAUGAUCACGGUUUAUGCUUAAACCGGAACAUCUUGCCUUGUUCUAUAAUACUUUGUCAAAUAAAAUAAAGAAUUAAAAAAAAAAAAAUGAAACGUCAAACUCUGCUCUGAUUAUUGUAUCUGUUUGUAACAAGUUUGCAGAGCAUUGUGGGUAAUUGUAGAAGUGUGAUAUUUGCCUAUCUGCGGUUGUGGUAAAUGAUACAAGCCAGCACUUCUCCUAACCUGUUUGUGGUGGGUAGAGUGAUGGAUGUGUGGAGCCUGGCACGGCCACUGCCCGGACUAUGCCAAUCAGGGUGCGGUACUAUGACUAUUAUUCCCAACUUCCUCUGAAUCAUCUUCCUUUGUCUCAGCCAUUCCAGGCUUGCAGGUAACAUGCUUCUCUGAGUCACUGCUAACCUCCUGCAGAGCCCUUUACAGUUAGCUGCUGCUGCAGAUCAUUGCAGCAUUAACCCUUGCAGAGCCACUUACAAUGACACCACUGCAGAUCAUUACAACAUUAACCCCAUGCGAUGCUUUACACAAUUAAUUAACUGCAGAACAUCUGCACCCUUAAAGGGACAAUAUAGGCACCCAGACCACUUCAGCUCAUUGAAGUGGUCUGGGUGCUGUGUCCUCUCACCCUUAACCUUGCAAUUAUAAUUUUUUAAGUUUUUGAUAAACUGCAAUAAUUAACUCCACCUCUAGUGGCUGUCAAUCAGACAGCCACUAGAGGCACUCCUGGGCCUUUAAGUGGCUUUUGGAAUUAGGUAAGUGACAGAAGGAGCUUUAAUCCCUUCUGCACCAUAGGGGUCUGAAGGCGGGAGGGAGGCAGGCACUACAGUAAGCUAUAAUGUUAGGAAAACAACUUUGUUUUCGUAGCACUAUAGUUUUCCUUUAAACCACUCAGAACUUUAAUUUAUAAGCCAAUAUUCCAUUACUGAGCCUUAAAGUGGCAGUCUUCUCUUCCCCUCCCCCCUGUGAAAAAUAAGUAUUUCCUCUAUUCCUGUAUUAUGCUUAUAGAGCUAAUCUACAAUUGAUUAACUAUUUCCCAUUUUUUAUUGCCAGUUUUGACACUGCUAUUCCCAUCACUCUUAUCCACUGGUUGUCUGUGUAUUUUCACAAUAAUUUAAAUGUGUAUAUUAUUAACAUCUUAUUAUUUAAAUUUUUGUUUUGUUUUUUUACAAUAUCUAUAUAAAAGGACAUUUUACCCCUAUCUAAUUUUGAUAGGCAAAAAUUGAUAGGCAUGUUCCUCAUGGUGUUCCCCUUUAUAUUAUUACAUAUGUUUGUUUCAUACAUUUUAAGAUUUGACCCAUUGUGUUGUGAAUAUUGCCUGAUGUGCAUUAAGGUUCUAGAAUUUUUUAACCAACCCUUUCUCUUUUCCUAAUAUAUUGAUGUAGCCCUUAUAUAUUUGGAUUAAAGAUAUGCUUUUCUGACAUCUCACAAAUUACUUCUGAAAAGACAGUCAGGGCAUUUAGUGAAGGCUAAAUUAGGUUUCCCAUGUUUCCUCUGGUAUGAUGAUGUUAUGUGAGCAUCCAUUAAAGGGGCAUUCAACGAUAACAACCUAAGCUGUGUGCACAGGUUAGGGUGUGAGGAGAACUCUUGUCAUUGUGUUCAAUUGUAAAAUCGAGGACAAAAUUGUUAAUUUCCCAAAACUUCCCUUCUUCCACAAUGUUAAAGUAAGAAAAGAACAAUAUUCAAAGCAAUAAAUGAUGGUUAAGUAUAGGGACUUAUGAAGGAUGUAAGGACCAAAACUUGUGUGAACUGGCUGACUAUGAAAUUACUUGAUAAACUGGUGCGCAAACUAUUUAAAUAUUCUAUACACGUAUCACAAUCUAUAACAAGUAUCAUAACAAUAGAAACAAUGUGUAUAAGAGAUCACGAAGAUACCCUGUUUAUAAAAACAAUCCGUGAUCCACAUAGGUGUAGCACAAUCACCAAUGUGGUAAUUGGUAAUUGGCGAAUAAAACCUAUAGAUACACACUCACAAACAAAAUAUAUUGUUCUUUCAUAAAUAAACAUGAAAUGGUUAUAGUACCACAGCAAACAUUAAGGCUCUGGGGGGGAUCAACCCCAUGUGUGCGUACGAUCCAAAUCAGUCACCACCAAUUGAUAACUAAGUUUCCAAAACUUUAUUCAAACUUGAAACCCACUCUGUAUUGCACAAGGGAAAGCAGUUCUGUAUAUGCAGCUCAGUCCUCUGUCUUCUCAGGGGUCCACUGAUAUCACACAGUUCUUAUUUCACACCGAUAGCUGUAGUGCACUCUGACACUCUCCCUCACAGUCUGUUUCCGGGUUUGGCAAGCCUAAUAGCCUAAUAGUGACACUAUGUAACUGUUUCUUUAUGAGCACUUGCACUUUGAAUUAGACUAUAGCGCCAUCUUGUUCUAUUUUUGCUGAUUUGACUAUGAAAUUAGUUAAGGUAAAGCUGACGUUGCACACUGUGCCCAUGCCCUUGCUGCUUCAGUCUUUUUAACACUGUGAUAUGUCCCCUUUCUUCUACACUCACUAUAUCCACCUUUUCUUUGUCCUAGACUGCCUUCCAGAAGCUUCUGACUACUAGUAAGAAGGGAGGGAGAUAAGUGGACAAGUGAGUGCUAGGGCACAGUCCCCAGACAGAAAGCAUACAGCAAGCUAAUAAUUAGAUGCGUUUGCGCCAAGCUCAGGGUACUGAAACAGCGUUGUCUGCCUUAUCCGCCUUCAGUUAGCCAGCCUGCUUGAUUGGCAGGCAGCCUGGUAUUCAUUUAUAGCCGGCUGACCUUUCAUUUAUUCGGACUGACCUGCUUCCUUUCCCCUGGUGGGUCCACCCCUUUGCGCAGUGCAGGUUUUCGUCACUGGCCCACCUCCAUUUACCACGCCCACUGACAUCCUACUUCACAGGACGCUGAUGCUGAGAAUAUGGAUUUGGUUGAGAAAUGAAAGUGAGAGAUUAGCAUAGAGCAGUGAUGGCGAACCUUUUUGAGCCUGAGUGCCUAAACCGCAAUACAUGACAACUUUGUUUCCUCAAAUUGCGAACUCGGCAAUUAAACCUGAAUACUGAGGUUUAAGUUUAGAAAAAACAACUCGAACUAGUUAACAUCUUUUGUUUUAAAAGAAGAACACAACAGAGAGUUCAAUGAUACAAAUGAUAAAUAAUGAUAUAAAUUAUAGAUAAAACGAAGCUUAUAUUUAUUAGUAUCUCCAACAUAUACAAUGCAUACAUACAAUACAUACACACAGACUGCUGAAUACAGUCACAGACUGCUGAAUUCAUACACACAGUCCGCUGAAUUCAUGCACACAGUCUGCUGAAUACACACACAAACAUACACACAGACUGCUGAAUACGUAAACACAAUCCACUGAAUACACACACAGACUGCGGAAUACACACAAACUGCUGAACACAUACACAGACUGCUAAAUACACACACAGACAGACUACUGAAUACAUACACACCGUCCACUGAAUACAUAUACACAAUCCGCUGAAUACACACACACACACAAACAUACACAAAGACUGCUGAAUACGUACACAGUCUUCUGAAUACACACGCACAGACUGCUGAAUACAUACAGACUGCUGAAUACACACACAGAAUGCCGAGUACACACAGACUGCUGAAUACAUACACACAGUCUGCUGAAUACAUAAACACAAACAAAGGCAGGUGCCUACUCUGCAUUGCUGCCGACCAGCGCCCUCCUUCCCCCCUCCCCCCGGCGACCUAUGGCCAUGUGCCCAUAGAGAGGGCUUGGCGGGGUUCGCCAUCACUGGCAUAGAGUAUGUGUUUUCUUAUAGCUACAUCCGGAACCACCUCUACUAGAUACAUGACGCUUGGGGGGUUUGACUGUUUUAGUGUUUUCUGUCAAUAGGAUUCUGUAAUUAGGACAAUCAAAACUGUCAGCAUCAGGCCCAAUGGGCCCAAUUCAGUCCUACAUGCAAUAUCUUUAUUAGCCCACAGUUACCUGUGGCACCACUUAUAAAAUAUUAUCUAAUUUUUAUUUUAUUAAAGGCAUACACAGCGCUACUGAAUUUGCUGGCGCUAUAUAAGUAAUAUAAUAAUAAUACUCCAGGCACACGCUGGGCACCAACACAACUUAAAUGCAUUGAGUCUCCUUUAGUCUAGCACAUUUUUAGUUUGCUAAAAAAGAUAUUGCAGCUUUCAACAGCACAAAUGUCAACUGCGCAUAAUCUUUCCCAAUGGAAUCUUCCUGAUAAAAAUUACGUAUGCAACUGAGUAUUCCAAAUCAGUGAUGCUUUCUGUUUAAAUACUUCGGUCUUUGAAGUUCACUUUCAAUUCUCACUUUAGUAAAUAAUCCUGUAACACUCUCUCUGCUGCACAACAUGGAUAGAAAUAAAAAGUCUGAUAGGAGGGGCUUACAUUUUGUAAUUUUCGUCAGGUAUGUGCUAAAGAUCCUGAUGCACCUUACUGAUUUAAACCAGAAGGUCUCAGUAUAAACACUGUCAGGGUGAUGCAGACAGCCAGGCAUUUGAGGAGGAAGAUGUGAAUUUAGUGAAGGAACGAGAGCUAGAUAGUAGAAGAUAGAAUUUAUGGUUUGGAUAGAUAAAGAGUCUGUAAACGACUAAAAUUGUUGAAUCUGGAAAAACACUUCCUGUGGUUAUUCAUGAAAUGUAAAUCGGAAGACGUUCGUACUGAAUUUAAAAUACAUUUAGAAUUUUAAGCCGAAUAGCCAAAAAAAACAACUGCAGGGAUAUUCACUAAAGGGAGAAUUUUAAAUUUAAAGGGACACUAUAGGCACCCAGACAACUUCAUCUCAUUGAAGUGCUCUGGGUGCAAUGUCCCUUUAACCCUGCAAUGCAGUGUCCCUUUGCAUGAGGACGUCCAGCGUCCCUCGCCAUGCGUGCGCAUUAGUUUCCCCCAAAACCCUGACAUCAGAGGAGAGGGAGAUGUAAUUUGUGUUAAAAAAAAAAAAAGGGGGGGGGGGUUUAACUCUUUAAUCAUAGUGUUCCUUUAAGACUUGUUAAGCUGAAUUGGAAGCACAGCCAGACUUAGCAAAUUUUUCCAGUUUGGUUAAUUUUACUUUCAAUUUGAAAUUCGCUUUGAAUUUACCUUAAAUUCUCACUUUGAAUUCUUUAUUUUUGUGGGUUUGCAAGUCAAGAAAAUCAAUUACAACAUGUGCUCAAAGAUAUAUCAUGUAACAUAUUACAUACUAGACCAUCAUUGUAUGUUAUAGAAUUGCACAGGUGCUGCGUCUACCCGUUUUUGUUUUGUUAGUCAGGCUAAUCCUCCUCUUAUCUGUAUGGAAGAAGUACAGUGAUAUGUCUGGGAAGGCUUGGUUAAAAGCUCAGUGUGCCCUGCUGAUCGAUGUGGGGUGUCAUGCUUUGCCUAGGGUAAUUGUGUUGGGAGGUUGGGGGAGUUUAAACAGCAUGGCCUGUGGUUGCCCAUGGCCUUGUGUGGGCCUUUUGGUCGGUCCGAGUUUUCCAGGUGGUUUGCCUACCUUGUGGUGUAGAGGUAUAAACAAGUUGGUUGAGACCCCACUCUGUCUGAAUAAGGGAGGGGGUGGGGCGGGGGGAGGUGAGGGGUUUACGUAGAUCAUGUCGUUGGCUGUCCGCUUACGGAGCCAUGGUGGAGAUAGUAUCUCCUAAUCUGAACUGUGAAUGUUGAGCUAAAGUAAACAUUAACGCGGGAGUAAAUGUAAAACGUAACGAGAAGUCAUGUAUACAUGCAUAUAAAACUGGUAUAUAUAAUGGGCCUAAGAGGCCUUCAACUGGGAGUUGUAGUCCCCAUUACAAAGAACAUCAUGUAAUGCUGUAGGGGUGAGCGUUCGCUCAGCUCAAGUUGGCUGGUCCGUCGCCCUUGGUACCGUUCCCCUGGGUGCUAAGGGGGUGACUUCUGCGAGAUUCCAUGGUGGGCGGGCACCUGUGUUCACCGCUGGCGUUGAGAUGCCUAUUGACUGGAAGAAAGUUGGUGCCUCUGAAGCGCUCAUUAGGAGGUGUGUCUUUCCGUCAUGGUCCACCAUCAGUCUGUGGGGACCCUAUUUGUAAGGGAUAGAGUGAUCUCGUAGGUGCUGCGUAGUGUGGCGGAAGGUUCUGCGCCAUGUGAGGGUGUGUCUCGACAGGUCUCUGUACAGUGUCAGGCUUGCUCCUCCAAAAGUAAUUGUGGGGGAACCCCGUGCUUCUCCCAUAAGGGCCCCCCUGUCAGAGUCCCGAACCAUUUUAUGUAAUACAUCCCUUGGGGCAUCCUGUGGUGCCUUUGUGGCCUUAGGGAGUUGGAAGCAGGAGUCAAUUCCAACCUGUUUAGCCUGUUUUGGGAGUAACAAAGUGGCUAUCAGCCUUCUGCAGUAGUGUGGCAAUUCCACGGUAUCGAUCGUUUCAGGUACCCCUCUAAUACGCACAUUUCGUGCUUUUGCUUUAUCUUCCAUGCCUGCUAGCUGGGCUGCCAGUGUAGUACACUGUUUCUGUUGGGAUCCUAAAGUUGCGUCUGUGGCCGUUUGCGCCACCCUAGUGCUUCUGAGUGUCUCCUCCGCUGAGGCCACGCGGCCUGUAAGCGUGUUUACAUCCCCUCGAACAAGUGCCAUAUCGGCGUCAAACAUCGCAUCAUGGCCUUUAUAUCGGCUUUUGUGGAUGGUGCCAGGUCACCUAGGUCUGGUGGCUGCUGGGGCUUAGUUUGUACCUUAAACUGUGCAGGCAGGGUGUCCGGUAGGCUGUCGUCGUCUGAGGACUGCGAGGUAAAGGCCUCUGCCGCCCUAUCUUGGCGGGCUCAUGGCGCUGGGUCGGGCGCAUGAAAGCACCUAUAUCUCUGGAUCCGGAGCUCGGUUCCACUCUGUGCUUUUUUGCUUUUUUCCCCAUGGUCCAGGGCAUGCAGGGGGGUGUUUUCUCGGGACCCCGUUGUGGAUUUAGCCUCCGUUUUAGCCUUAUUAUCGGGUCGGCGGUAAGCUGCGACUUUCUCGUUCAGGCUCCGCCCCCCUAAAUUCUCACUUUGAAUUCUCGAAAAUUCUUUGCUAUUAUGUUCUAAUAAUUUACUAGUCAAACUAACACCUCACUGUUUACUUAAUACACAUUUAUUUGACAUCCCCAUUUCUACUUGGCAUACAUUUUUUCAUCUCUAUUGCAUACAUAUCAUAUUAUCAUGCCGUUAGCACAACAAAAAUCACACACAAAACCCUGAACAUUGUGCAGUGGUGUACGAAUAUGGGUUAUAUGCGGUGCAGCCAUCAUUUGGCCCUUAUUGUCAAUGAACUUAGGGAGGUGGCAGCUUGUAUGUCUUUAUUCUCUGGAAGUCUAGUGCAGGGGCAAGUAGCCUUCGGCACCCAGAUGUUGUGGACUACAUGUCCCAUAAUGCUGAUAAAGCACCAGGGUAGAUGUAGUCCCCAAAAAGUGCUGUGCCGAAGGUUGCCUAUACCUGUUUUAAUAAUCCCUCCCAACAUUGGGAGGUAUUAAACUUGAACAGGGGACAGUGCGACUGUGUCAAAUGAUGCUUUCACACUGUGCUUGUGGCAGACAGCUUCUUGGUGUCUUUGGAUGUGGACCAACCUGGAGACCCUAAAAUGGGUAUGCCCCACCUGACCUGGCACUGUUGGCUCUAGUGUGAGAGAGUAGUGAUACCUAUUUCUGCCAUCUUCUUCGCCUUACACAGCACCCUGUACCCGAUUAUAAUACAAGUCGGCAUUAUUUCUCCUAACUUUAUUAUCAUGUUACAGCUGUAUUCCUUAUUAUACCCUACUACAUAUUAUUAUAUUUUUAAAAUAUUAUUAUAAAUGCCUUUACGUAAUUUUACUAAUCCUGCAUGUUUCUUUUCAAGUACAGACCUCUCCUGUUGAGUAAUAAAACAUCAUUGGAAUCUUUACUCGUUAGUCACUAAACUCUGUGAUUUGUCUGGGAUUGACAAGUGAAUGUCAAAUUGUAGGAGAUUACAAUCUGAAUGGCAAAAUUGAGGCUAAACGCUGUGAGUAUAGCGGAAGUGGGGAUCGUUUACAGAUCUGCUGUUUUUGGAUUUAAAUUUUCUAAAACAAAUGUGAAUUUGAUGAACAGUUAAUAUUCAGAUCUGGGUAACUUCUACCAUCUGCUCGUACCAGACACACCCUCAGGUGGGGCGUCUGGCGGAGUACAGCAAACAGUGUCGGCACGUCAGCUUUGAGAAUUUUAUCAGAAACGUUGCACUUUGCUCUUUUCCAAGUGUUUAUUACAGUCUCAGUAAAUUAUAUGCAUUGUAUUAUAUACAUGAAUUUGAAUGUAAAACAUUGUGGUUGCAGAAUGCCCAAUAAGGAUAUCUAUAGUAAAUUUUCUUCAUGGCAAAUUACCAAUAGGUUUAUUUAGAAAAACAAACCUGCUUAUUUUACGCCUAUAGUUCCUGGCACUGUCUCUGCUAUAAUAUAUUGAUUAUUCAUAUACCCACCUUGUCAUCCAAAUGUCCUUCAUUUGAGAUGAAAUGUCACUUUUAAGAUUUUUUUCACCCCUCAAAAUUCUAUUAAAUUUUAUGCUAAAUGCUGACUAUCUUUAUAUGGGAAGCUGUCAAUAUACCUGAGAUGUAGAUAUAACUAUGAUAUAGUGGAAGUCACUGGUAUCACAUGAUGCUGUGUGUGUAGUAUGUUGACAUGUAUGUGUGCACGUCUCAUCUUUUGAGCAAUGCAUCUUUUGCAUACAUGUGCACAGCAUUAUGGCAAAAGAGUGUCUAAGAGCGAAAGCACGUUGGGAUUGGUGAAUUCCAGGAAUUUCCAGGAGUAAGGUUAGUGUUCAGAGGAGGUAUUCUAUACUAACCUUCGCUGUGCAGCUCAACAAGAGGGUUUCUCUGAAAUCCCUGAUCAGGAUAAUAGCUGUAUAAAUUCAUUAAAUGUUCUGCUAAUUUAAUAAAAAGAGACAUUCCAGUUGCACAAAGUCUAACAAUAUAUCAAAAUGGGCACCAUACCAAAAGACUCCCAGAUUUGCUUUCCAUGAUGCCAGGUACCUGUUUAUUUUUUGUUUAAUUUUCUAUAAAGAAUGUAAGGGUUUUAACUGAGCUAGAUUCUAUCUAAAUCUACAGAUCAAACCUCCGGUCAAUAGGAGAAUUUGUUUUUACACUUUACAAAAGAUCACCAGUGGGGUACCUCAGGGAUCUGUACUUGGACCCAUUCUCUUUAAUAUUUUUAUUAGUGAUAUUGCAGAAGGUCUUGAUGGUAAGGUAUGUCUUUUUGCUGAUGAUACUAAGAUAUGUAACAGGGUUGAUGUUCCAGGAGGGAUAAGCCAAAUGACAAAUGAUUUAGGUAAACUAGAAAAAUGGUCAGAAUUGUGGCAACUGACAUUUAAUGUGGAUAAGUGCAAGAUAAUGCAUCUUGGACGUAAAAACCCAAGGGCAGAGUACAGAAUAUUUGAUAACCUAACCUCAACAUCUGAGGAAUGGGAUUUAGGGGUGAUUAUUUCUGAUGACUUAAAGGUAGGCAGACAAUGUAAUGGAGCAGCAGGAAAUGCUAGCAGAAUGCUUGGUUGUAUAGGGAGAGGUAUUAACAGUAGAAAGAGGGAAGUGCUCAUGCCAUUGUACAGAACACUGGUGAGACCUAACUUGGAGUAUUGUACACAGUACUGGAGACAGUAUCUUCAGAAGGAUAUUGAUACCUUAGAGAGGGUUCAGAGAAGGGCUACUAAACUGGUUCAUGGAUUGCGGGAUAAAACUUACCAGAAAAAGUUAAAGGAUCUUAACAUGUAUAGCUUGGAGGAAAGACGAGACAGGGGGGAUGUGAUAGAAACAUUUAAAUAUAUAAAGGGAAUCAACACAGUAAAGGAGGAGACUAUAUUUAAAAGAAGAAAAACUACCACAACAAGAGGACAUAGUCUUAAAUUAGAGGGACAAAAAUAAUAUCAGGAAGUAUUACUUUACUGAGAGGGUAGUGGAUGCAUGGAAUAACACAGUGAGGGAAUUUAUGCAUGGAGGUUAACAAAGUGAGGGAGUUUAAGCAUGCGUGGGAUAAGGCUAUCCUAACUAUAAGAUAAGGCCAGGGACUAAUUAAAGUAUUUAGAAAAUUGGGCAGACUAGAUGGGCCGAAUGGUUCUUAUCUGCCGUCACAUUCUAGGUUUCUAUCUACCGAGGACAGAGGUGACUCCAUUUUAUUUGGAAUGCAUUCCCUAAAGAUAAUCACCUAGGAACAUGGCUCGAAAUGCCUCCUCUCAAUCAAUAGUAAAAGGGAAGUAGCUGGAGUUAUUCAGCCAGUCUCUGCUCCAAGGUUAUCUUAUUGUAGGAAAAAAAGCUCCUGUGGGACAGUUGCCCAGGAGCCUGUUAUAAACAUUAAAUGUUAGCUAAUCAUUUCUUACAUCCCAUGCUAUCUGCUUAAACUUAAAGUUGCAAGAGCGUAGGACUCCAAUUCUGUUUGAGAAACGCAAUAAUUACAUUGCAGGACUAAGACUGCCCCUAGUGGCUGUCAAUCAGACAGCCACCAGAGGCACUUCCUGGUGGCUAACCAACUUUUGAUCGCGUAACUAAUGCUGGACACUCUCACGCUCUGCAUGAGGUCAUCCAGCAUUAGGUAUAGGAAAGCAAUGAGCCAAUGCUUUCCUAUAGGGAGGGCCUAAUGCCCAUUAGCCCACCCCUCGUCAGAGAUGGCAAAGCGCCCACCCAGCGCUGAGGGAGAUCUGCAAUGGAAUCGGGUCAGUUUUUUUUAAACCCUUUUUUUUAAACCCUUUCUUUGCUUGUGUGGGGAGAGGGGUUAAGGUGGGGAGCGGGCAGCAGAGGGAACUGUAGUGUAAGGAAUGCAACUUUAGAAUCCCUUUGAGAAAACAAAUCUUAUCAAAAAACUGAAAUAUCAACUUUGAGGAUAUCACAGCAAAUGUGGUUUUCUCUUAUAAAUAUUGCACAGUCACAAUAUAGAAUUUCAAAAUAAUUCCAUUAUACUUUUGGCUGAAAGCCACAGGAGCCAGACAUCAAUGAACUGUAAAAUGUUUCAGUGGAAAGAUGCCCUUUUGCCAUAUUUUAGAUAGAAAUCUUAGGAAUUACCUGUUGCCUUGUUCAUUCAAAAAGUUGACUUCUAAAUGCACCAAAUAGAGUCUAUGAGAAAGGCUUCCUGGAGGACAAAUCUCAGGGGGGAGAUUUUUAUACACACACUCAUACAUUUUGCAUACAUAGCAGCACUCCAGGGGACACUGUAAGAUCAUCAGCUCAUUAAAGAGGUUAUAAUGGCUGGAGUCUCCUGGCACUAUCCUUCCAUUUAGAAUUAAAUCAUUUUUAAUAUUUUAAUGCAAAACAAGAGUCCCUAGCAGGCAACUCAAGCCCAAAAUCACUGACUAAAAUGUAUUGUGUGUGUUUCACUUAUCACGCACUUAUUCACUAAAAAAGCGCUCCACUGUGUUAUUUUGCUUUUUUGGUAAAUUUUUGUGUGUUGAAAGGUAGCACAUUACAGUGAGGUAGCAGCUAUUAUAAUUAUAAUAACACGUGUGGAACACAUAUCCACGUUUGUAUUUUUAUGAAUAUAUCAUUAUUUGUGUAAUAUAGAGCUGGUACUAUCUAUUAUUAUUUUGAACCCAUCUCCACUGUACUGCUUGCAUUGACGUAACUAGGAUUCAAAAAUCAAAGAAAGGCCCCGCUUAUCGCCCCAUGCAGACGAAUGGACAAAUUGCAGAAAAUUCGGGCGAAAACAUGUUCCUCCUACUUUUAUUUCGAAACAGAAAUAUCUUGAAUAUAAAUAAAAUUUCGUUAUAUAUAUAUUAAAUGACAGUUUAUAAGAAACUAACAUAAUUUUGCAUCAGGCUUAUCUGAGAGGGGAGAUCUCUCACUCUGUGAACAAAAAAAUUAUUAAUGCAAGCUAUCUGCAAGAAUAUCUUUAAUCCUAUUCAUGGCUCUAAUGAAAACUCUGCUCAGCAGUUUCUCCUUUGGCAUACUUUGCAGGUCACCAAAACUGCCAUCUGGUGGUGAAAUAGAGUGAAUAAGCUACCCAUAAAUCCUGCAAUUUAUCGAAUUGGCCUGAUGUUGUCAUCUGUUGUAUUUUCUUUCUGUCUUCAAAUGGAAUUUUAAAUUUAAGGACAAAAUAGCUGAAUUGGACACAUUCUCCAAGUCAACUAUGCUCCCACUUUGAGUAUUUUGGCCCUAAGUUUUCAAUGAACUUAAUUCACCUUAAAUUUACACUUUAUCGAAUAACCAGGACCAAGUUAAGAUGGCUGCAGAGAGAGAGAUGAAUUGGGGUUGUGCUGCAAAGGGAUGUUUGCUUUUAACCAGAUGGCUACAGUUUUGGUCUCUGGACCAAUUUUGGUCUCUGUACUUUGGGCAUGAUGACCCAAAGACGUAUUCAUUUUGGGAGAUCUACUGGAGGCUCUAGAGCAAGUGUAUGCACUAUAGAUAGACAUUUAGAUAGAAACUACAAGCAUGUGUUUCACAUUUUCAUCCCAGAAUGCCUUGCACAUAAUAGAAGUUAAAUAUGGCUGUUUUAACAAACAUUGUUUCUGCCCUUUACAGGCUUCUCUCAGGAGCUCCACAAGACAGCGCACCUGUAGGUGUGAAAGCUAACAGGACAGGCGCUCUCUAUGCUUGUCCCAUUACGGACAGCGCCACAGACUGUUUCAGGAUCUCCAUCGAUCCAGAAAGUGAGUAUGAGAAUCACGCCUAAUAGAGCCGGUUUCACUUUUACAGUAUGAGCAGGGCUGCCUUAGAAUGCACUGCCUGACACUAUAUCUCUGUUACAAAUGCCAUUUUUAAACUAUCUGUCCACCUGUCUGCCUGCCUACCCACUUACUGUUAUAUCCGAUCUAGAACUUACAAUAUUUUUUUCACUGCUUAAUGGAUUCUUUAUCAUCAUUCACAUUCCACCUGCCUUAUGAAGUGGUUCCGGAACAACAGUCAGACAAUCAGAAUUCAGCUUUGAUUUCAUAUGCUUCCGUUUCCUUUUUAAUCCUAUCACUCCUUGCAGUUUUAACCUACUUUCUCUAAAGUGCAUGCCUCCUUGCGACAGUCUCAUAGUUGACAUUUGGAUUAAUUUCUAAAAAAGCCCUUUCAUUACUUUCCCAUCAGGCGAUCCUAGCAAAAAUAUUAUUGAGAAUAUGUGGUUGGGCGUCACAGUCGAGUCACAAAGAGAUGGAGGUCGGGUGUUGGUAAGUGGACAAUGUCUUGUAUUCUAUAAGUAUCAAAGUAAAAAUGAUAGCAGAACUUAAAGGAACACUAUAAGGUCAGGAACACAAACAUGCAUUCCUGACCCUAUAGUGCUAAACCCACCAUUUAGGUGGCUUGCCCUCCACUUAGCCCCCUUAAAAGCAAUUAAAACAUACCUCAUUUCCAGUGCCGAGCGGGUCCGCCUGGAGGAAAACAUUGGAUUGGCUAACAUCGUCAAGGGGCGGGUCCAAACACCUUUUUGGCCAAUCAGCACCUCGUCAUAGAGAUGCAUUGAAUCAAUGCAUCUCUAUGAAGAAAAUUCAGCGUCCCCAUGCAGUGCAUGGAGGCACUGAACAGCAGUGCUGCCUACUGUGCAGCACUGCCCCAGGAAACAGCUCCAGUGGCCAUCUGAGGAGUCGACACUUGGAGAUGUCCCUAAUGGCAAUGUGACAAUGAUUAUACUCACCAGAACAAAUACAUUAAGCUAUAGUUGUUCUGGUGACUAUAGUGUCCCGUUAAGGAUCCAUUGGCUCUAUGUGAAAACAAGGAGGAUUGUGGGAUAUCAGCUGACUAUUGACGGCAUACUGUAACAAAUGCAACUCUUUGAACUUGUCGUACUGGGCCACCUCUUAUGAAGCAGGAGAUUCUUGGUAAUAAGCUGACCAGGUAGAAUUCAGGGUAUCUGUUUACUAAGGAAGGCAAAAUUUAACUAAGUCAACACUGAAGACUAGCGAUGGCAAAGUCAAAUGUAUGUUACGCAACAAAAACAAUUGUGUGAAAAUAAAUGAACAUCUGCUUAGCAGAAGAAUAACCUUUAAAUUCUAAUUACCCUUGAUGUAUGUGUGCUGCUUUUUGUAGUAUAGCCAGGGCUUCCCCUCUGGAAAAGGAUGCUUACAGCAAAUGCUUAUUGGAUUACCAAACUCAAAUUACUAAAUUGAAUGCAGUGCGGACGUGCAGCACACCUAGAAUUUUCAUCCUCUUUACAAAUCGAAGUCUAGCAAUCAUACGAUGGAUCCUACAUUAAUUUAUUAAAUAUAUUUUAUUCUAAUAUUAUUCCACGCAAUAUAUUCUUUAUCUUUCCUGGUUAGUUUCCUAGUUUGCUAGUUCUGAACACGUCCUACGUAUCCCGGUUGUGUCAUUUUCCUAAAUUCUAUUCCCUCAUUAUAUUAUGUAUAUUCUUGUCUUUUUCGCCCUGCUGUGAAAACUUACUGGAAUCAGCCCGGCAUCUGCUUUGCUUCACGAUAAUCAAUGAUGCUGAAUUCUUUGAUUUAGCACUAGAGGAUUAUUGGACAUUAACUCUCUAUGUGAACAGAUGUAAAAAAGCAAAUAAGGUUCUGGAAUAUUACUCCAGUGUUUAGAUAUAUGUCAGCCAAGCUUGUGUGUGACUGUUCUAUUAGAUAUAUAUAUAUUUUUUUUUAUAGGUACAUGGUAAAUAUUAAUGCCAUUUACAUACGUGGAAUAUUGUAAUCAAUUAAAAUAUUUUGGUGCAAUAUUAAAGUGAGAGACUCAAAUUGUCAUGUAUUAUGUUGGUACCUUUUUAAAAAGAGUCGGCAUUAAAACUUGGACUGUACGUCCGUUCCUCAUGUUAUUGCCAGAUAUGCGAAGCAAGCAGAAGCAAGCUGAAUUAGGAACAAUGGUUGUGCAUGUGAGCAGAGAAUCCUGUUAGACUGGCACGUUACCAGAGUCUAAUAAUUUUGGGACGUAGCCAUUUCCUAUGAGCAAAUAAUUAUGUGAUGUUAACACUGUGUGGGUAUGUCACUAUGCAUAAGGAUUGUUGGAAGACCUUACUACAUGUGAAGUGAAGGAUUAUGGGACACAUGGCAAAGCUUUAUGGGAGUUAUAGUCCAAGAACUGUUAGGGGUUAUUUUAGCAUUCUGCCAUUUUGUAUAAGAGACAAAGUAUGGCACUUUGCACAAAUAGAUUUUAAUUUGAGUUCUUAUGCAUUAAUUGUAGACUCUCUGCCCAUGACAGGUAUGUGCCCACAGAUAUACUGCAGUGCAGUGGUCUGGCAAUGAGGAUCAACGCAGAAUGAUUGGAAGAUGCUACGUUCGGGGGAAUGACUUAGAAUUCAAUGACGAGGAUGAUUGGCAAUCAUACCACAAUGAGUUGUGUAACUCUAACAAAGACCAUGAACUCACAGGAAUGUGCCAGCUAGGCAUGAGUGGAGGCUUCACAAAAAAUAUGGUGUACUUUGGGGCUCCAGGGGCCUACAACUGGCAGGGUAAGGCACACUAAUUGGAAUUAUGGAAAAUGCUAGCAAUUAUGAUUGCGAAAAAUAAAAUGUCAGCAUUUUAAAGGGACAUUGUAGACACUAUAACCAUUUCAUCUCAUUGAGUCUUCUCGCACUGCCCCUAGACCAAGCAGCACAGAGGGGAGGUGUUUCUGGGGUCUCUAGUUUAGUAUUAAAACUUUAAAAAAAAGUUUAACGCUUAAUCGAAGCACAGUGCGUCCAGACACUAUAAUCACUUCAAUGAGAUGAAGCAGUUACAGCGGCUAUAGUGCCCUUUAAGCUGUGAGUCAUUCAAUUUUAAAAUAUCUAGUAAAGUUAAAAUUCCAGUUUUAUUGGGUCAUUGAAUCUUCCUACACCCAGAAGGGUAUCAAAACCGCUUUCUGAGCAUGUACCUCCUGUUUCAGAGCAUGUGCCUCCUUUUUUGAGCAUAUACCUCCUUUAUUUGAGACUGUACCUCUGGUUUCUAAACAUGCACUCCCUGUCUCAGAGAAUGAAGCUCCUGUUUCUCUUGAGUAUACUUAUCUCUGCAUCUCUAUCUUAUGCUUAUCUCUGUCUCAGAACAUAUACUCCCUACCUCUGAGCCUUUACCCCUUAUUUCGUGUACCUCCUGUCACCCUGUUUAUGAGCACAUACUGCUUGUCUCUGAAAAUGUACUCUUUCUCUCUCUCUCUCUCUCUCUCUCUCUCUCUGUGCCAGUACCCCCUGGUACUGAACAUGUUCUCCUUUCCUCUAAGCAUGUACGAUCUGUCUCUGCAAAUGUACCCCCUCUCUCUGUGCAUGUACCUCUUGUUUGUGGGCACGUAACUCCCCUCUCUGCGCAUGUAUUUUUUGUCUGUGGUCAUGUACCCUCUGAUCAGUUGUAUUUUCAUUAUUAUUUUUCAGGUACUGAUUUCAUUCUACAGAGAGACACAAACUGGGACAUGAAGGAGUUCUCUUAUCCUAGCAACAAACAGUACAAUACAUAUAUGGGUAAAAGAGUCCUUAUAAACUGUCUUAUGUUUCUCUCUCAAUCGUCCUACAUUGGAGAAACCUUUGUUUGUUAGUUCAGAAGAUGCAGUGCUCCUAGCACCUACUCAUGGUGUAUUCAGAAAAGGGUAUAUUACUAGAAGAGUGUGUAGUGCCUUUAAUUUAUCCAGGGUCAAAAAGAAAAAAAGAAUACCAUUGAUUUAGGUAAUAAUAUGUAUACCACAGAAUAUAUUUGAAAACUAGAGAAAUGUAAACAUAUGAUUCUUGGUAAAGCCACGGUUGUUAUUAUUUGUCUUCUUUAGUUCCUUUUAUUUCCCCAAUCCUGUUUUUUUUUCCUUAUUUUACUCAUAUGUUUAUUAAAAUGAUCUAAAAAGUGACAAAUUCCACCAGUUUAGAGAGAGGUGGGAAAAAAAAAGUUGUGGAUUAGAAUACAUUUCUGUCUGAAAAAGUGGAAGAAAGAUUGGUAGAUCUUUUGCGUCUCUGAAAAAAGUGCAUAUAUGUGAAAAUAAAAGCUAGGAUGCAAAAGAAGCAAAAGAUAAAAUAUAUAAACCAGACAGACUUAAUAAAUUGUUCCAAGAUUUGUUAAAUCUCACCCAUUGGAUUGCUUCCUUCUUAAAGCCUUGAUUGGUUCUUGCCAUAAUCUCCCACCCUGCUCUGCCAAUAGGAUACUCCGUUCAGAUUAGCACGGGUGUGCUGCACCAGGACCAGGUGACAGUGGUGUCUGGAGCCCCUCGCUGGGAUCAUAGGGGUGCCGUGUUUCUACUCGAAAUCCAGGGGGACGCUUUGGAGGUCAGAACUUUCCUAACUUCAGAGCAAGUGGGCUCUUAUUUUGGAAGUGCUAUCGCUCUUGUGGAUGUUAACAAUGAUGGGUGAGUACAGACCAUAUAAUAUUUUAUUGUCCCUGUGUGUGGUCUGUUUGAGUCCAUCCUUUGGGUGGUCUUAAUUAGUCUAUUCUACUAGUCUAUUCUGUCUGUCUAUCCUGCAUAACGUUAAUUAGUCUUUUAUGUGUAUGGUCUUUCUCCAUUUAUUUUCACCUGUGUGUGGUCAGUAUUUGUCAAUCUUGUUUGUGGUCUGUAUCAGGUCCAUAUAACGUAUCAUCUGUAUUGGUGUGUCUAAUGUAUGGCCUGUAUUGGGCUGUUCUGUGUGUGGUCUAUGUUGGUCCAUCUUGCUUGUAGUCUAUAUUGCUUAUCAGGCAUAAUCAGUAUUGGCUCGUCCUGUAUAUGGACUGUAUUGCUUUGUCUUGUGUUUGCUCGGUAUUGGGCCAUCCUGUGUGCGCACUGUGUUGCUGUAUCCUGUGUUUGCUCGGUAUUAGACUAUACUGUGCUUACUCUGUAUUGCUUUAUCGUGUAUUAUUUGUUCUGGGUUUUUUUUUUGUGUGGUCUGUAUUAACCCCAUCUUUUUUUGUGGUCUGUAGAGGCGGACCCUGUGUACAAUCCAUGCUAAUUAUCUUGUAUAUGAAUUAUAUUGGUGGAUUAGAUGUGCAAGGCAUGUAUUGGUGUAUGCUGUAUGCGGUCUGCGUUGGAAUGUCCUGUGUUUGAUCUUUGGUCUAGCUUAAAUUUGGUCUGUAUCUGUCUCUCCUGUGUGUGGUUUGUGAUGUUUUCUCGUCCAUCCGGUUUGCAGUCUGUAUUAGAUCCUGUGUGUGAUCUGUAUUGGCCUUUCCUGUGUGUGGCAUGUAUCGAUUUAUUCUGUGUGUGGCAUGUAUCGAUUUAUUCUGUAUGUUACAUGUAUCGAUCUAUUCUGUGUGUGGCAUGUAUCGAUUUAUUCUGUAUGUUACAUGUAUCGAUCUAUUCUGUGUGUGGCAUGUAUCGAUCUAUUCUGUAUGUUACAUGUAUCGAUCUAUUCUGUGUGUGGCAUGUAUCGAUUUAUUCUGUAUGUUACAUGUAUCGAUCUAUUCUGUGUGUGGCAUGUAUCGAUCUAUUCUGUAUGUUACAUGUAUCGAUCUAUUCUGUAUGUUACAUGUAUCGAUUUAUUCUGUAUGUUACAUGUAUCGAUCUAUUCUGUGUGUGGCAUGUAUAGAUUUAUUCUGUACGGUACAUGUAUCGAUUUAUUCUGUAUGUUACAUGUAUCGAUCUAUUCUGUGUGUUGUCUCUGGCCUAUCUUGUUUGUGGUCUAUAUUACCGGUAGAUCUUGUGUGCAACCUGUUUUAGGUGAUGCCCGGUUUUGGUGGCUAUUCUGUAUACUUUUUGUUGGCCUAUUAUUAUUAUGUGUUUGUCUGUAGUGUAGUGUAAUAUCUCUUGUUGCAGAAACCCUUGGUUUUUUUCUUGUUUUUCAUUGGAAUUAUUUGACCACGCAGUCAUGCUAUCCCCUCUUAUUCACAGCCUGCAGGACAUUGCGGUAGGGGCUCCUUAUUACUUUGACCGGAAGGAGGAAGUGGGUGGAUCAGUCUACAUUUAUACCAACGAGGCAGGGUAUUUCAAAAAUGAGUCAUCUCUGGUGCUGCGCGGUCCUAGUGCCUCUGGGUUUGGAUUUGCUCUGGCAAACAUUGGAGACAUCAAUCAGGAUGGAUUCACUGGUAAAGUCCUUCUCCUACUGUGUCCAUUUAAUUUACACUUGUAACCACUGUCUCUCAUUCUGCAUGCAUUCCCACUCUACCUGUACACAUUCAUCUGUACCCACUCUAUGUACUCCAAAAAGAGGGGUUAUAUUGAAAGUUUCCAUGUGGCACUGGAGAGGUUAUAUGGCGUAAUAGGAGGAGUUAUAGAGAGAGGUUAUAUGGAGUAAUAGGAGGAGUUAUAGGAGAGAGGUUAUAUGGAGUAAUAGGAGGAAUUAUAGAGAGAGGUUAUAUGGAGUAAUAGGAGGAGUUAUAGAGAGAGGUUAUAUGGAGUAAUAGGGGAGUUAUAGAGAGAGGUUAUAUGGAGUAAUAGGAGGAGUUAUAGAGAGGUUAUAUGGAGUAAUAGGAGGAGGAGAGAGGUUAUAUGGAGUAAUAGUUAUAGGGAGAGGUUAUAUGGAGUAAUAGGAGGAGUUAUAGGGAGAGGUUAUAUGGAGUAAUAGGAGGCGUUAUAGGGAGAGGUUAUAUGGAGUAGUAGGAGGAGUUAUAGAGAGAGGUUAUAUGGAGUAAUAGGAGGAGUUAUAGAGAGAGGUUAUAUGGAGUAAUAGGAGGAGUUAUAGAGAGAGGUUAUAUGGCGUAAUAGGAGGAGUUAUAGGGAGAGGUUAUAUGGAAUAAUAGGAGGAGUUAUAGAGAGAGGUUAUAUGGAGUAAUAGGAGGAGUUAUAGAGAGAGGUUAUAUGGAGUAAUAGGAGGAGUUAUAGAGAGAGGUUAUAUGGAGUAAUAGGAGGAGUUAUAGGGAGAGGUUAUAUGGAAUAAUAGGAGGAGAGAGGUUAUAUGGAGUAAUAGGAGGAGUUAUAGGAGAGGUUAUAUGGAGUAAUAGGAGGAGUUAUAGAGAGAGGUUAUAUGGAGUAAUAGGAGGAGUUAUAGAUAGAGAGUUAUAUGGAGUAAUAGGAGGGAGUUAUAGGGAGAGGUUAUAUGGAGUAAUAGGAGGAGUUAUAGGGAGAGGAUAUAUGGAGUAACAGGAGAGCUAUAGAGAGAGGUUAUAGGUGGAGUAAUAGGAGGAGUUAUAGAGAGGUUAUAUGGAGUAAUAGGGAGGAGUUAUAGAGAGAGGUUAUAUGGAAUAAUAGGAGGAGUUAUAGGGUGAGGUUAUAUGGAGUAAUAGGAGGAGUUAUAGAGAGAGAUUAUAUGGAGUAAGAGGAGGAGUUAUAGAGAGAGGAUAUAUGGAGUAAUAGGAGGAAUUAUAGAGAGAAAUUAUAUGGAGUAAUAGGAGGAGUUAUAGGGUGAGGUUAUAUAGAGUAAUAGGAGGAGAUAUAGGGAGAGGUUAUAUGUAGUAAUACGAGGAGUUAUAGAGAGAGGUUAUAUGAAGUAAUAGGAGGAGUUAUAGAGAGAGAUUAUAUGGAGUAAUAUGAGGAGUUAUAGAGAGAGGUUAUAUGGAGUAAUAGGAGGGGUUAUAGAGAGAGGUUAUAUGGAGUAAUAGGAGGAGUUAUAGAGAGAGGUUAUAUGGAGUAAUAGGAGGAGUUAUAGAGAGUGGUUAAAUGGAGUAACAGGAGGAGUUAUUGAGAGAUGUUAUAUGGAGUAAUAGGAGGAGUUAUAGGGAGAGGUUAUAUGGAGUAAUAGGAGGAGUUAUAUGGAGAGGGGAUAUGGAGUAAUAGGAAGAGCAUUUGAAUGAAUCUUCCCUAAAUCUGUUUCUUUAUUGUUUGCAGACCUUGCAGUCGGGGCUCCCUUCGAAGAUUCUGGUAAAGUGUAUAUCUACCUCAGCAAGGCUAAUGGCCUACAAAAUAAGCCCUACCAGGUAAAGUUGCCUGCUUUACAAUUCCUCUUUCAUCCUUCACGUAUUUCACAUAUUUUUUAUUGUCCCUUGCCAGUACUUCUUUGGAGGUAAAAACAUGGUAUAAAGUUGUGCUGCCUCCUUACAGGUGAUUGAUGGUGCCCAGGCGGGCAGUGUAUCUACUUUUGGCUACUCUCUAAGUGGAGGACUUGAUGUGGAUGAAAAUUCGUACCCAGACAUUCUCGUGGGCAGUCUGACUGAUCGCAUUGUCCUACUGAGGUAGAGGGAGAUUUCAGGGAAAUUGUGGGCUUUGUGAAAUGCAGUUCUAUACUGAUUCCUGUAUUUUUAAGUAACCCUUUCUGUAAUAUUUUUUUUUUUCGUCUUUCGUGCAGAUCUCGUCCAGUUAUUAAUAUCUCAAAGAGUUUCAAGGUGACGCCAUCACUAGUCGAUCCCAGUAAAUGUUCCUCUACACAGUGGUGAGAUGUCUGUUGUCCCCUCUGUCAGUAGCCCCCCUAACCAUUUUCGUUAUUCCAGCAUUUGCCUCUUCUGCAUUCUCUAUCCCAGAUCCCACAACUAAUGUCAUCCUUAUAGCCAUUAGUUUGUGAUAUAUUAUUAUUUAUGUGUCGCCAAUCUGUGCUCCUUUUUUUAAUGUGGUUUUGUCUUACCUUUAGUCUUUACUUUCUCUUACUUUCAGUCAUGGUGUCCUACUUUCCUGACACUUUCUCUGAGUAAAUCCUUAGUCCGCUCUUCUCUGCUCUCGCCAUGAUUUUAUUGGUAUUCAUGUAUUCCUGUAUCUGUCACUUCAUCGGCAGCCUACUCUGCUGACUUUCAAAACUUUCUACAAAUUUUAAGCACUGGUGGAGGAGUGUGGGAAAUUUUGGAUCUCACUUUUUAUAUCCAGGAUUUAUAUUAUAUAUACAUAUAUAGAGUAGUCUGCACUCAUGGCCCAUGUUAAAACAUAAUGUUUAUUUUCUUUUAUAUAUAUAUAAAUAUUUAUAUAAAUAUAAAUCCCCAGCACUCACAUUUAAGGCAUUCCACUGCCGGGCGCAAAACCAAGGCUCCAAUAGACAAACAAUCCAAUGAGGGAGGCUGCUCUCCGGACUUAAAACUUCAAUUUAUUAUAAUGGAUUAAAAAUGAUGACCAAAGUUUUGGUCCCUACUCGGGACCUUCUUCAGGGUCAAAUACAACAGUUGUAUUUGACCCUGAAGAAGGUCCCAAGCGAGGACCGAAACGUUGGUUGUCAUUUUUAAUCCAUUAUAAUAAAUUGAAGUUUUAAGUCCGGAGAGUAGCCUCCCUCAUUGAAUUGUUUUUAUAUAUAUAUAUAUAUAUAUAUAUAUAUAUAUAUAUUACACAAGAUCCAGUGCACUCGCUCAUCCACUAAACAGCACCUUCAAAGCUCACAUAUUUUAUGAGUUUUUUUGUUUUUUUUUAAAAACCUAAUCUAGGCAAAAAUAUGAGGCACAGGGAGGGGUGCAAAACCAAGGAGUUGACCUAGACUCCCAAAUACAUAUAUAUAUAUAUAUAUAUAUAUAUAUAUAUAGAAAAAAAUAUAUAUAUAUAUGUAUAUGAAACUAGGGGGCUGCACUCACCUGAACAUGCAUAAAUGGGGUGCUGCUAGGGCCAAUUCAUACAAUACACAAGAUCCAACGCUCUCGCUCAUCCACUAACAGCAACUUCAAAGCUCACAGAUUUUAUUAGUUUGUUUCGUUUUUUUUUUAAAACAACUAAUCUAGGCAAAAAUAAUGGGGGUUUAGUUACAGUAUAUGAUCAUACAUUGCAUAAGCCUGUCACAACAUCAAAUGGCAAUAUAUAUAUUUUAUGGGGAAUAGUUUAAAUUGGUGCCAUAUUUACUCAUCGCACCUUGAAGCACUACAUAUACUGACCACACUUGUUAAAAAAUCUUAUUUCUUACCCCAGUGCAACUGCCAGCUAGUUAAAACACUCGGCAAACUUGCACUCACAGGAUUUGCUGUAGAAAAAUCUUCACUGUUUUAUUUCAAGAAAAAGCAGGCUAUAGCAUACAUUUCAACAUUUCAGUCUAACACACGAGACUAGCGUCCUGAUUAACAGAACUUGUAAUAGGUCCUUGACAUACCCGAAACAAUUUUCUAUUUUUGUUUUCUAAUACCAUUAAUAUUUCUAUGCCCUUAAUUCUUGCAUAGCCUUUGCUCUGUUCAUCAGCCAACCUCUCUCCCUUUCUGCAUCACUAUUUGUUAAUAGCUAACAAUUCUCAUUGUGUCUCUUUAUACAGUAUGACUGUCGAGAUCUGCUUUUCAUACUUGCUGAGUACUGGAAACCGCAAUGUUCAAAGACAAAUCAGUGAGUAUCUUCAACAAUUGGCUGAUUGCCAGUUGGACGCGCAGGGUAAAAGACAUCAUGCUAAAACAUAUAUGUUAGAACUCAUGUUGUUAAUGCUUAGUAAGUUAUUGUUCUUUGCAUGUUUUUGACCUGUAAUAUGCUUUUUUUAUCUGUUGCAUAUUUAUGGUAGCGUUCCUUUAAAUCAUCAUUCUAGGGCAAGGGUAGGCAACCAUGUUAAUCCAAAUGCAGUGGGCUGCAUCUCCCAUAUACUAUUACAGCCAUAAUGCUGUCAAAUUAUCAGGGGUGAUGUAGUCCUCAACAUCUCUAGAGCCGAAAGUUGAUUACCCCUGUUCUAGGUAGUAUUUACGAUCCAUUUAAGAAAGUUUACAGCAAUUCACAAGAAAUAAAUGUAACCCUUUUUCCUAUGGUGUUGAUGUGUAAAAUAUUGUUGUUCUGUAAUAUGAUUAUAAGUGAUAUGAUAUUACAUCACUUCUAACCCCUUCUUUUUAGUGUUAGAAUACACCCUAGAGGCAGAUUAUGACAGAAGACCUUACCGUGCAAAGUUCUUCAAUUCUUCCAAUGUACACAAGGACACCUUCUUAAUGCCAGACAUAAAAUGUAAAACCAUCAAGCUCCUCUUACUGGUAAGAAUAUAAUCUUCAGAAAACUUAAAUAAUGACUUGAUGACUUUCACCAUUUGACACAGCUGCUUCCAUGUCUUAUGGUGGCCUUCAGACUACUUAAUGACUGUCUUGGUGACAACUAGUGUGAUAGUUUUCCUGGUUUUCCAAUUCUCUGUUUUCUGUCUGUUCCUCUUAUUUCUUCUAUCUCCUUCUCCUCUUCUCAAGUUUAUACUAUGUGUCCAUUCAAUCUCAUUCCUGUGUGCAUUCCUUCUUGCUAUAUUUGAUACUCCUAACAGUUCUGAAUCUGCCAUAUUCUUUUCUAUAAUAUUCAUCUUUGAUCUCAUGCAGUAGAAGCUGCGACCCUGUGACAAUGUUCUCAACCUCGUCUUCUGUGCUCUGUCUCUAACGUCUGCAUCAUACCAUUUCCAUGCUUUAAUCACCAUCUGCUAACUUCCAAUCUUAAUGGGCCUAUCUCCAAGCUUUUUACAUCCAAUCAACCUUGGUCUGGCAGGUUCAUCAACUCUCUUGGUUUGCACAAUUCCGAACAAUCUUCAGUUUCUCCUUCCGGCCACGUUGACCUUCUCCUGUACUAAUCAGCUGCUGAAGGAGAUUCCUUCCAUCAUACCAAUCCCAUCUCCUUUUUAACACUGUAAAUCUCUCUCUCUGUCUCUCUAUUUCUCUCUCUUCUGAUAUUUUCAAAACCUCCUUCAUAUCCUAUAUAUACUAUAAUCACUUCCUCACUAAAAUUAACAUAUUUCAACCACACAAUUGUCCUAUCUCGGUAUAUUUAUUACAUACGUUUUGUGUGUACUUGUCUUAAUAACGUUUUCAGUUCCAGUUCUAUCUGACCAUUUUAAGUGUAAGCUCUCCCCAUCGCAGUAUACUCACUCUGUAUUAAACCAAAAGUGAACAGUGAUAAAAUCUGUACUAAAUCUAAAAGUCACUGCUCACUAAUUGUUUAUUAGUAUUAAAGGUUAAUUCAUGACUAUAACUCAAUACGCCUAGUAGAUAUCUCAUCCCCUGGCUUAGGUACAUACAGACGAUUCUUCUCAGAUUGUCUGGAUUAAUUUCAACGUUUCUUUUCUGUGUUUUUAUUUCACAUUAUAAUUAUAGCCCUUGUCAAUUGAGUAUAAAUCUGAAUCUUUGUGAAUGUAGGCAUUGGAAUGAAAAAACACUGAGAGUUAACAUAUUAUACAAUAGAUAGCCAGACAACUAAUUUACAGUCAGGAAGUGGUCAUUUAACUACGGUACACAUUGAGUUCCUUAUAACAUCAGUGAGAAUGAGGAUGUGGCUUAAGUAUAUACAGACUAUUCAUCUCAGGGUCAAUCUUCUGGACUGAUUUCACUAUACCUUUUCUGUGUCUCUAAUUCACAUUAUAGAUAGAGCCCAUGUCAACAAUGUAAAUGCCCACUAUAGAAUUUAAAGUGAAUUUCUAAUUUUAUGCCAAAAUUAUUAAACUGGAAAAAUUCUCCAAGUCGGCUAUGUUUGAGUACUUCGGGUUUUAAUUUGAAAUCACUAUGAAUUCCCAAUACUGCUCACUUUAAUGUUACUCCAUUAUAUAACAGACAGCCAGACAAUUAAUUUACUUAUUUGGACUACGACACACAUCAAGUUCCUUAUGAUAUCAGGGAGAAUGAGGAUGCGGUCAAUUACAGCAAAGACGAAAGAUGAUAGUAUGUAAAAGUAGCUAAUUUAGCAACUCUGUUACCUAUAAAUAGACACUUAAGUGUGAGAAGUAAUGGUAUGAAUUAAUGGAGAAAGCCAUAACUGAAUGAAGAGUCUUUUUCUUACUCCCCCUUCCAGUAACUAAAGCAGGUUUACCAACAAUCUAUCACUUUAGAAUGAAAUGUAUUCUUGCAUCAGGAACAUCCUGUACUGUUCAUUUUAGUGUUCUGGAAUUUCUCUCUUCAGAAUUCAGAACAGUUUUUGUCAUGAGAUCUUUAUCCUGAUUUAUACUGUCUUACCUUAAUGGUAGAUCCACCAUUAAGAACUUGGUUGCUAGCAAGGCAUGGACUCCUGUAAAUACGCGUCACUGUAACUUUGGCCCGAGCAGAAGCACUGACACAGUGUGACGCCGUGGGCCCAUCACCCUCUGCCACCUGUAGAGUUCUGGAAAAAAAUCCUAUGGACAGAUGAGAAGACGAUUAACCCUUAGUGAAGUAAUAAGGAUUUCCACGUGCACUAAAGCAAGUGGGGUCUUUGGAUCCUGAUAGUUAUAUGUAACCCUUAUCUGUCACUCAUAGGGGAUCGCAGGGCUUCUUCUUGGCUAUUAGGGAGUCCAGCUAACCUUUGCUGUAUUAAAUAAUUAAUAAUUAUGAAUGCUAUGGCUAUGGCUGUCUGAGUGCCGUGGGAGUCAUUGUUCCACAAUUUUUGGAUUGUUGGUCAAAUGCGCAUGUAUACAAAAUAGACAAUGCUAUGGAGGAACAAGAGCUUUUAAGAGCACGUGUAGGGAUUUGUGACAUGUGACAUUUUGCAUUUUAAAACCAUGUAGUGACCUUCCAUCCCACAUUGAAGAUUACAAACUCUGCAUUGUUGGAAGAUGUAACGCUUAAAGCUCAUAUAUGAAGAUACUACUUUACACAAAGUCUACCCGAUUUCUGGUUUAGCCUUAAUUUUGUACUUUGCAGUGCAAACAAAUAAAAUGGCAGAAUUUAUUGUUUUAUUACUCAAUUUAACUUCAAACGGUUACUCCAACAAACAUGAUCACUUCAGUGUUUCAGCUUGAGUUAUUCUCAAUAAUGUGCCAUGUCAAGUUGUACCCCCAGGACACGGGACCCAUGCAGUCCAGAACUCUGUUCCGGGCUGCCUCGUGUGAAUUCUGUGCAUAAAUUACAUAGUUUGCCAGUGUACAGUGCACGCUGACAACAGGCAUUAAAAUCUUCCCCUUUCAUACUCCCUCCCGCCUCCCUCUUUCUGUGCACUCUCAUGCCUCCCUCUGUGCUCAUUCGUGGGUUUCAGGUAAGUAAAACCUUUUUACUUCACGUUUUACUGCAAAUUGAGUGGGGUACCUGCCCCAGUAGGGCUUAUUAUCUCUCAAUAAGGUUAUACUAACACUUUAAACUUAAAUCCUCAUGUCAAUAUUGAGCUCCAUUUCCACAAUACUGUAACUUCUUGAUUGUUGUGUUUUUACAAAAUCAGCAAAUACGUGUUUAGAUCAUUUUAUCUCUGUCAAACUACUAACAACACUGAGUAAAAUCUUUCAUCAACAGCAACACUCCAGUAAAUAAUACAAACUUGAGUGUAACUGAAGACAGCUUCAUAGAACAUAUUGCAUUUUUAAAACCCCUUUCCUCUGCAGUAAAGACCUGCAAGAAGUCAAACAUACGAUGGAAUUGGUGUAGUAGCCGAGUGUUUUGAGUGAAUGCAAAGUACCAAAUCACAGUGUAAUAUAAAAAAAUGAUGCACAAUGUUCUAUAACAAUACACUAAUACUCUAUGAUACAAUGUCUUCCUAAAGAUUUUGCAAAUAUUUAAGGAUACAUAAAUCUAACAUGCAAAAAUGUGUAAGAUCUUCAGCCAAGACCUUGUGAAGUAUAACAGCUUGUCCUCUGGAUGGUGUCAGUGUGUCCAGAGAGUCUCAAGGAGGUUUUAGCUAAACAAAAUUUUAUUGAAGGAAUUACUUGCCCAAAUAUGUCAAACCAGUCCCGCUCAUGAGACCAGUGGAUCCUACUGUCAUUUUAACAGGUUUUCAGGCACAAACUAUUAGAACCAGCUAACUGUUUAAUAAAUCUUGUUACUCUGAGAGUGCUGCCCUCCCCAGUGCAGUGCAAUGUAGAUCCAUCUAAUUCCAAGAAGACUCUAAUUAAAUGUGUUUUAAUUAAGUUACUUUUGGUACAUAUGGUAUUAUGAUUGACGAAUAGAGUCACUGAGCUUAAUUUAUAACUAAAGAUGGGUUUGCCAAGCUAAUAUGGGUACCUGUCAAAAAUAAUUAGGAACACUAGUUACAGUGAGUGUGUUGUUCAUUGGGGAUGUGUAGAGCAGUGAAUGAGCAAAACACCCCAAAAGCUGCUUUGGAAUACAAUUCAGUUACGGUAGAACCUGGACACUUUAGUCUUCCCUCCUCUUACGAUCAUCCCUUUCUCACCUUUUGUGUCUUAAUUUUUAUAUUCCUUGGCUACUGCCUUGUGUCACACUACUAAUACAAUUAAUAUCCCUCUUCUUUAACUUUAAACCAGGACAAUAUACGGGACAAGCUGCAUCCAAUCCAACUCUCCCUAAACUACUCCAUCGUAGAGAAGAUGCAGACAUCACCUUCAGCGGUCCAGUCUCUAGAUAACUAUCCCAUUCUUAACCCAGAGCAGAGCACCACUGAAGUGCUGGAGGUGAGUUUAACUUGUUAACCCGUGUUCUCGUACAUUUAAUAACAGAUAUUUAUAUCAUGAUACGUCUAAUAACCGUUUCUUCAACAAGUAUCUCUUACAGUAUCUUCAAAUAAUCAACUCCAUGUUUGACUAUCUGCAGAACAAACAAGACACAUGCAUGUGGACCAUAAAUCUCACCAGACAGGUCAUGAGUGUAGUUGUUCUGCAAAAAGUCAGUUAUAGAGCUGAUCAAUAUAGGCGCUGUAUCAGUUAAGGGAUGUGCACUUGUCCCUAUCAUUCCUGGACUUAGCGUACUCAGCACCGGGCCAUGCACAUCUUCCAGAGUGAUGGAUAGUGACUACAUUUUUAUUAUGACUAACUGGAAUGUAAUGGCUCUCCUCAUUUUAGAAGUCCUUUCUCAUCCAACCCACAAUGCCAUGGUUGAAAUCCCUUAAUGCAAUGUGAGCACCUGAAGGUAUUCUGUUGCAGGACUUCCACUUGCUUAGCAUGUUGUCAGCAUAAAAUGUUUACACAGCCCUAAUGUUUGGUCUAUACAUUUAGUGCAAAUUGGCUAAUGCAAUACAUUCACUAAAUUACAAGUUAAAAAAUAAAAUAAAAAAUGUUUUCUUCAUGACGGGUGCAUUAUAAAUUGGUAUAUGUUUUCUCUUUUACAAAUCUUUUAAUUAUUUCUUAAAGAGGCUGUGUCACCUGAAAAUUCCUUAAAGGCACACUCCAGACGCCAUAGCGUCAUUAUGACGUCAUUAUGGUGCCUGCAGUGUCAUUUUAAGGUAAAUUAACGUUUAAAUGUUUUUCUCAAUUAGAUUAACAGUGCUUUCAUCUUUUCAAGGUUUAGUAAAUUUUGUGAUAAUUGUCAAACCUUUUUUUGAUAAAAGAAAAAAUGAGCAGAGAAUUCAGAAUACCAUCAGAAGUCAGAGUCUUCACAGUAAAGAAUAUGCACAGUUAUAGAUUGAAAUCCUAGUGUGCCAAAGGCAUAAAGAAACUGCUAAACAGAUUAUGCAAAAUUAUAGUAUUUAAAAUGAUGUGAAAGCAUUUUCUGAUAACAAAACAGCUUUAAUUGCAAAACUUUGACAUUUGAAAUUAUUGCUGUAUAUAUUAUCCUCAUUGUAGCAGACUGUGGCAUAAUAUGAAUGUUGCCCAUAAAAUAUUUUUAUUCUACUUUGUGUCCGUCCAAACACCAGAUGCAUACCUCCUGUCUUCUCAGCAACUGUUAACCAGAGAAAGAGCCCUGGGUUCCCUCCUGCCUCCUCAUCCAUUGUACAACAGUGAGCGUUAAAUGUAGGAGAUUCUUACAUGCCACGGCUACCUCCGGUAUUUCUGGCCAUUAUGUGCAAUAUAAAACAGAAAUGUCCCAGGAGAUCCCCAGAAACACACAGUGGACUCCUUCCUUUCAUUCCACUCUACUGUGUGUUACACAUAAGGGGUUAAAUGCAAACAGUGGUGGUCCCACAGAUCCAUUAGUAACCCAGAGGGAGAGGGCUACCUCCUAUUACCUCUCCGAAUGUGCAACAGGUGAGGGUCCCAGGGACCCCUGAUCACCUAUUAUAACCCAUGUAAUAGUUUCCCUUUUCUCUCAUGUUCUGUAGGAUAUGUGUAGUAGAACAGGCAAGCUUGCUUGUACCCAUCCACUCUACUACUAAUAAUAUCAUCAAAAUUUCAAAACAUCAAAAAUUCAUGCAAGAACCCACAAGUAUAGUGCCUAGAGGGUGCUGAGCACUUUGUUACACAAGACAUGCACUAAAUCUGUUUUUUGAUUUCCCGGUGCACUGGUACCACCUAGUGGUCACUUUCAAGCUGUGCAUUAGUGAAAAUAUGUACUCUGUAUUUAAAUGAACACUCACACACCCAGAAUAACUUCAGUUUUGCAAAGUUUAAACCCCAAACUAAGGUCUCCAGUGCCUGACACAACUUCCCCAAGCUUCCGUUCUCUCUUCACGCAGUAUGAGGAAGGUUUAUCUGGAUGGCAGGUGAUGCUCUCAGUCUCAACCUAUCACUGGCUGUCCGAUUGAGACAAAUAUUACUUUCUGUUUUUUAGGUUUUGUAACUAGAACCAUUAUUGACUGCUUAAUAAUGUACCCUUGUAAUUCAUACAUUUCUAGCAUAUUGGCUUUAUAAUUCCUAGUUCCACAAUCUAAUCCCAUUCUCAUGUUUUAGAUACACAUUAAGAAAGAGUGCGGAUCGGAUAAUGUAUGUAGAAGCAAUCUGCAACUGCAGUAUGAAUAUCUAGGACCAAAUCAGGAGGUGCUUCCAAGGUCAGGGCUUAUAAUAUGGUUUAUCCUACAAUUAGUAUAACUCCUUUUUUCCCUAAAUUAUAUUUCUUUAUAGAGAGAGAGGUUAUAUGGAGUAAUAGAAGCAGUUAUAACUCCUCCUCUUACUCUAUAUAAUCUCUCUCUAUAACUCCUCCUAUUACUCCAUAUAACCUCUCCCUAUAACUCCUCCUAUUACUCCAUAUAACCUCUCUCUAUAACUCCUCCUAUUACUCCAUAUAACCUCUCCCUAUAACUCCUCCUAUUACUCCAUAUAACCUCUCCCUAUAACUCCUCCUAUUACUCCAUGUAGCCUCUCCCUAUAACUCCUCCUAUUACUCCAUAUAACCUCUCUAUAAUUCCUCCUAUUACUCCAUAUAACCUCUCCUUAUAACUCCUCCUAUUACUCCAUAUAGCCUCUCCCUAUAACUCCUCCUAUUACUCCAUAUAACCUCUCCCUAUAACUCCUCCUAUUACUCCAUAUAACCUCUCUCUAUAACUCCACCUAUUACUCCAUAUAACCUCUCCCUAUAACUCCUCCUAUUACUCCAUAUAACCUCUAACUAUAAUGUUUUGUAAUAACUCUUAUCAUUUGUUAUAUAGUUUUAUUUUUAUAUAUCUUUUGAUACUACAGGGUGAACGGAACGCAAGUUCUAUAUUAUGACUCGGAUUUGAAGUUUUUGAAUCUAAAAGUGACAGUAACAAACUAUCCAAGUCCCACUUCGGCUGCUGAUGACGCCCAUGAAGCAUCCCUGAAUGUUUCUAUUCCCACAGGAUUCCUGAUCUACUCUGUGAAACCAGUGAGUAGCUAACAUUCAUCUUCUCCCUGUGCCAUACCGAUCACUUCUGUCCAAGUGAAAGACGUCAUUUGUCUCUCACUUUCACAAGGGUCCAAUCCUUUUUACUGCAAAUUGUUCACAUUUGCCAGAUCCUGACUUUUUACUCUGCUUUCUUAACCAGGUGUGUGAUCUGUUCGAUACUGUCUCAUGCGAUAUUGGAAAUCCUUUUAAAAGAGGACAAAUGGUAAGAAUAAUAUCUUUAAUACAAGGUCAUAUUGCAUCCUCUACUGUUGAUUCUGUAGUAGAAAGUAAACAUUAUUAUGGUUUAUUUUUUUGUAUUCAUAUGUUAUUUCUUAUUCGCCAACAUAACCAGGAGCUUUUAUUUUCUUUUAACAGAUGGAGAUCAACAUCAAAUUUGAAGUACAAAGUAUUUCUUUAAAGACAAGAGAAGUGGUUGCAAGUUUACAGCUCUCCACGUGAGUAAAGACGUCGUGGGGCAUUUAGAGAGUGACUAGAAAGGGCGCGGGUGAAUGCAAUGGAAUAAGGAAAGAUGGGGAUGUAGCUAAGGGGUUAAGAGAAUCGAAGCAGUAAGAGGUGCCUUUGAAAUAAAAAUAUAAUUUAGGAGAGUGAAGAUAAAAAAGUGAGAUGGAAGUCAAUCAAAAUGUUUUGCAUUGACUGACAGGAAAUUAGAGAGAAUGAACAUAGAAUAGUAAAUUAAAAAGGAUGGUCACAGUUAUUGUUGGGAUCCUGGUGCCAUAUAGUACUCAAGGUUACAAGUUACCUUCGCUGUUGGAGGCCACAAGUAUGUUGGCUGAUAUUACAUGUGUUGCUUUGCAUGUCAAGUCCCGGGUAGAAUUUCUGCACUUAUCUACCAUUUGUACAAGGGUAGUUACAUUCCAGAACACUGGCCGUGCUGUAAAAAGCCCUUCUGCAGCUCAUCUGGUGCCUAUGUAUUCUGAAGCAGUAGUGCUGGCUCUGUGUCAGUGCUACGGAAUACGUUGGCACUUUAUAAAUACCUGUAAUAAAUCAUUUUCAUCCAUUUUAUCCAUUUCCCUUCAUCCUUGUAUUCCAUCUGCAUACUGACUUUUUCACUUCAGAGUUGCCUCACGGACUUUGUCCUCUGCUUCUCUUGUUUGCCUGUCUUCAUAAUCAAAAUUAAACCUUUGCAACCUGCCCUAAUCAUUGAAAGGAUUUGUUUAAAUAUCAUGCCGUAUUAGGCCUUAAUUCCUGAACUUGGAUCAUAAAUGGCAUACCAUAUCACAUGUUAGAAUGCAUACCGCAUUAACAUCAUAAUAUUGACUAAGUUACGGCAGACUGGUUCCGGUCCGAUAGUGAGAUAUGAUGGGAUAGACAUAAGAAAGGGACAUAGAGUACAGAAAGAAUAUUGUAGUUCAUUCUUACCAGGUUUAUUUUAAUCUACUUCGCUUUCCCUGUUUGAAAGUACUUUUUUCACAAUACUUCCCUUUCAAUACUUUCAUUUUUUAUUUAUCUCUCAUCGGAACUCUCUCCUUUGUCUUCCAGACUGAGUAAACAAACAGAUCUGGAACCAAAGUAUGCAUAUCUCUUGAUAGAUUACACAUUGAAGACCGCUUUCUCAGUGUAAGUACCCUGAAUACAUACCUCCUUAGUCUGCAACCAAUCAAACGACAAUGUAUUAAAAUACUUGUCUACUAACUUAUACUGUGGAUUAGCAUGUGCGCAGUGCAUCAGUAUCUGAAUAAUGAACACUUUUAGCCUAUUGUUCUUACCUUGUCUCUUAACACAUUUAUGGCAUUUUAAUCCAAUACCUUGUCUUCUAGGUCUCCUCCCAAUGUACAGACCUACUUUAGUGGUGAGGUCAUGGGAGAGUCUGCCAUGAAGACUGUUGAAGACGUAGGAAAUCCUGUAGAGUUCUCAUUUUUGGUAAUAAAUAUAUUUAAUGGCGGCGUGGAGAAGUUAUACAUAGUCAGAUUGUCUAUGUGUAUACUCAUUUCUUUUAUGAUGUUUUUAGGUACUAAAUUCUGGAGAACCUUUGGAGUCAUUGGGUACGUUACUCGUAGUAGUGACAUGGCCAUAUGAAGUUAGCAAUGGGAAGUGGCUUAUUUACCCAACUGAAGUUUUAGUAAUCAGCGAGGACGAUAAAAAACAGUGUAAUCCUCCCGGUGAUAUCAUUGACCCUUUAAAUCUCAUGGUAAGUGUAUACGAAAAUUUAAGCAACUCAUUUCCAUGGCUACAUAAACAUCUCAAACUCCACUUUCUGCCAAUGCUUUGGGGGGAAAAACAAAGAAAAAUACAAACAUAUUGGAAAUUCUAGGUGAAAUAUCUGCCCAGUAGAUGUCAUCUAAACUUGUAACAAUACUGAAGUGGAGUUCUUUCCAAUGGAUUUGAAUGCAUUCCAGAGUCCAAGUUGAUUAUUUCGUUUGUUAUUUUAUAAUAGUAACUGAAUGAGAGCAAGAGAAUCAGCUCUUUUAAAGGCCUAGUCUUAAAUAGUCUACAUUUUUGUUUAUUUCUGAGGACAGCUGUUUAGAAAAAAAAAAAAAAACCCUUACAGAUCCAAGCACACAACAGCAAACUUUUUCUGCAUAUCCAUAAAGUAAAUUUUCAGCUACUGUCAUGAUCUUUUGCAGGUCAGAUAAGAGACUUAUGCCAGGGUUGACUUGAGGUUCUUUAUUUUGAAUCUUUGGAAUGUUUAGACAAGGUAACAGGAUACAACGGGAAAAGGAACAAUAAGGAAUAAGGGAGAAAGCAGAACCUAUAAAUGAGAUUACAGGUAUCAAAGUUAGAGGAAAAUCUAUAAGAGAAAUUAUAGGCUAGAAGGAAGAAGGAGAACCUAUAAAUGGGAUUAUAGACUGAAAGAAGGAGAACCUAUAGAUGGGAUUAUAGACUGAAAGAAGGAGAACCUAUAAAUGGGAUUACAGGUAAGUAUGAAAGAGUAUUUAUAGAAAUAGAAGUUUAGGCAAUAUGCCUCAAAGCAUGUUUACAGGAAAACCAUAAGAGAAAUUAUAGGCAACAGGCAAACAAUAUAACGGGACAGAAAUAAACAGAAUAUAAUAAAGGCUUAUGGAAUUCAGGUUAGUCUAAGUUUAGGUGAUCUGACUCUUUUGUUUGGAGGUUGUAGAGCAAAUACCAGAUAGGUGGACCAGGAGAGUUGCAAUUAAUAGGAAAGUUUGUAAAGUUCAGGCAGGUUAGGUCCAAAGCAAUAAGGAAUAAUUAGGAAACAAUGUCCAGUCUGAAAUAAAACAGGUUGUUUGGAUGAAUCAGGAUGGAUCAAAGGUAAUCUGAUUUGAACAGGUGCUCAGGUAUCAGCAUGAGCCAGGAACAGAUGUCUUGUCUGUAUUAGACCAUAAACAACUAUCAAUGUAAAGGCCCUUAAGUUAGUCUGGUGUGGCCUCUUAUAGCACAAUUCAGAAUUCAGAUGAUCAUUUUAGGCAGGUGUGAGAGACUUAGACUAGGGGUUAGGGAGGCCACUAGUGGUGGGAAAAAAAAUAAAACAGCCUAAAAGAAAUAUAUUUGGUUGUCAGUAUAGGAUCCUGAGUCAGGAUUCCUGACAGCUACAUUAAAAAUUGUUUUCUAAAAUGCUUUUGAAAAUGACAUUGCCUUGUUUGGUAUUCGUUGGAUAAUUUGUUUCUCCAUCUUGAUUCAUUAACUGUGUAUUGCCUCCUAGCAUUCAAAUAAGUCGGAGUCUGGAGGAAGGAGACGAAGAGAAGUAGAAGAAAUCCCUGAUGUUAAGACUUUGGCAUCCAUCAAAACAGAGAGAUCCAUGUUGACACUUGUAAGGGUUUUUCAAAGACAUUUGUGGUUGAACCACACUUGUGUAGGAGAAUAUGGUUUCACUAUGGCUCCUCAUUUGUGUUCCCCGUAUGAAUAUGUUUUAGUAACUGCAGAGGACUAUUGCUUCAUUGAGUCAAGGAGAAAAAUACAUGCUUAUUUUACUUUAAUUUAUUUUAAUAGGUAUACUUUCUUUUUAUAACCCAUAUUUAGUCCCAAUCCAUUAAAAGGAAAACACAUGAUAUACAGGGGCUAUAACAGGGUAAAAAAAUCGCCUUUGGCUUGUGCUUAAGACAAACAAGCCUCAUCAAACUCCACAACCGGUUUACACCUGCAGUAAAUGCUUCUUGACACACUUGGAUACAUUCAUAAAGACACAUACAACAGACAUACAGAUACACACAUUAAAAUACACACAUGUUCACAGACGCAUACGUAAACACAGAGAUCAACAGGCAUAUAAAGACAAGCACACAUAGACAGGGUGACACAAACACAGGCACAUAGGGGCGUACACAGAGACACACAGACUGGAUUCACAAACACAGGCACACAAUUACACACGUAUACAAAGACACACUUAGACAGGAUACAAUGACAUAAGCACAAGCACAGGCAUACAGAGACAGGUAAAUAUAUACAAGCUACACAUGCAUUCAGAAACAGACAAAAAGCCCACUUAGGAUACACAGAAACAAGGAAAACUCACACUAUGAAAAUAUUUUACUCUGUGCAGGGGGGGGGGGUGAUUUGCUACAAGCCUCUCCCUCUAUAUCGUAUGAAGAGUAAUGGGGAGGAGACAGAAAGCUGUUCUCCAUGCGUUUAGAGCCCUCAAAACUCUCACUAUUUCUCUCAAGCUGGUCUCCCUCCCAGUAUCCCUGUUGAACCAUGGAUGCGAGGAGAAGCAGCACAGUGAUACACAUGGGAGGGAGCAUGGCAAUAGUGUCAUAUUCCCACAUUUAUAACUUCUGCUCAAGACUGGGGCUUAACAAGGACACAUGGAGGGAGAGCAGUAUGGAAUAAUAGAUUCAGGGGUCCACUUGCACUCCCCCCGAGAUAAAUUGUUUAGGUUACAGAGCUCUACAUUUGGGGCUACAGUCUAACCCCCCACCCGAACAACCUCCCUGGUCAUAGGCCAUUCUACAUCCUUACAUCUUGACUGUUUUCCGCUGGUGUCAAGCACAUUGUCUUUAUCAUUCUUUAUGUAGUUGGGAAGAUACGUAGAACUUGUUUUUGUUUAUGAUAUUGUUACAUUUCCAAUUUAUCUUUGCAUCCCCAGAGAUGUGCAGGAGGUGGUGCAAAUUGUGUGCAAUUUACUUGUCCGAUCAAAAACUUGACAAAGACAGCCACAGUGACUGUGCGAGGGAGAGUGUGGAAUAGCACAUUCCUGGAGGUGAGAUUUAAAUAUUAAAAAGGGACCAUUAGGGAACCAAUUAACCAUGCCCAAGAGGCUCCAAGUGAGGGUAACCGACAACAAUUAAUUAGAUUACAAAACAGGGAAUGGGUCCAAAAAAGGGCGUGUGAGUCCAAAAAUGGAGAUCCCUUCAAAUGAUAAAUGGUAGAACAACAUUAUUAAAAUAUACAAAAAUUAGGGUAAAUGACAAUAUUUUUGCACAUUAAAAAGCCAUGAGGUCGUGGUGCAUGAUGGGGAUUAAACACUGUGGGUUUAGAUUUAAGAAGGUACAUAUGAACCAACCAUUUCACAGAAGGAGCAAUUCACCAGGGUCUUAAAUUGGGAUAACCCCUGAUGACGCAAAGAGCCAGACAAAAGGCCUCAAAAAAAUAUUUAAACUUAUUUGAAAAAAAACUACCACUAGAGUGUUUUACCAGGUGGAAAUGGUGGAGUGAAAAAAUAUAAAAUAACAAUCCACUUGUGUACAAUGUAUAACCACAAUAAUAUUAGAAUAGUAGAUUCUCCAUUAGAGAGACAGGAAACGGGUCCCAAUAGACGUAUUUAGAUAAUAUGCCCCCAAAGUUGUUUUAAGUAAAUCUUACCUGAUACAAGACUAGCUGUACAAAAAUCGAUUUUUAGGUGUAAUAUUAAAAGACCCCUUUAAGAAUCUGCCACAACAAUAUUUGAUUAACAAAUACUCCAAAUAAAAAGAUAAGUAAGAGGGAAUAAAAAUUGCUUAGUUGGUCUGGCCCAGCAAGUUCCAUUCACCCUUUCUCUCAGUAAAGGGGUUAUAAUUAAUAGGAGUGACCCUCCAAACUCCCUUAUUUUUUACCAAAGCGUUAUCCCCAUCAGUGACCAAACUAGCGAAUCAAAAAGUGCUCAAAUAAUAAAUGAAAUAAAUGUGGAGCAAACGAGCACGACGAGCGUUUCGGCACCAAAAUUGCACCUUCAUCAUGGCUUUUUAAUGUGCAUAAGUACUGUUUCUUAUUCUAAUUGUUGUAUAUUCUAAUAAAGUUCUACCGUUUUUUUUAUCGGUUGGAGGGAUCUCCAUUUUCGGACUCAUAUGCCAGUUUUUGGGCCUGUUUGUAUAUUUUGUAAUCGAGAUUUAAAUAUUGCCCUAUGAUCUGAUAUUAUCACUUGAUUAUCUCAAUCGAUCUUUUUUAUGGUGAACUAGUUUGCAUAAUAAACUGAUUCGUUGGUAAAAUCAGACCAUUUUUUUUUCCUGGCUUGUUCAUUAAGAUUUAUUGACAGUGAUGUCACCCCUGGUUUCUGAAGAUGUGACCUCAUGCUGUGAUGUUUAUCAUCCCGUUUGCCUCUUCCUUCUGUCUUCACAAGUAUUUAUUUUCCCCACUUAUUCUAACUUCAUCUUCAUGCCUCGUUUUUUCAUCUCUAGUCUCAUAAUUAAUUUUCUCUUUUUCUCCUUCUGUUCCUCCACCUCUUGUACUUCUUUUGCUGUCCCUUCGGUUUUAUGUCCUUUGGUCCAAAUAUCUUCUCAAAUUUUCUUCUGUUGUCCUUGUUGUCCCCCUGUUAAAGGAUUACCGAAAUGUAGAUCGAGUGCGAGUUGAAGGGGCAGCUGAACUUCAUCUCCAAACUGAUAUUCCCACCAUAAGGAUGGAGAGUCGCUCUGUAAUGGUAAGUAAUGGUAAAUCGACAGUAAAAUAUUGCUUGCAUUUACUAAAUGUGUAAACGUCUAGGGCAGGGCUUCCCAAACUUUUAUGGGCCGAGACCCACUUUUCAAAACGGUAAUUUUUCGAGACCCACUUGCUUUUAAUGCAUAUUUUAAAAAGUGAACACCAUGGCAAUCAGCUUUAGAGGCAUACAAUUGGCACACCAUGACAAUUACUUUUAGAGGCAUAAAACUGGCACACCAUAACAAACCGCUUUAGAGGCAUACAAUUGGCACACUAUAGCAAUCCGCUUUAGAUGUAUACAGUUGGCACACCGUGGCAAUUAGCUUUACAGGCAUACAAUUGGCACACCAUAGCAAUCAGCUUUACAGGCAUACAAUUGGAACAUUAUGUUCGCUUUAGAUGCAUAAAAUUGGCACACUAUAGCAAUCCGCUUUAGAUGCAUACAAUUGGCAUAUUAUGGCAAUCAGCUUUAGAUGCAUAAAAUUGGUACAUCGUGGCAAUCAGUUUUAGAUGUAUAAACUUGGCACACCAUGGCAACUUUGGCACACCAUGGCAACUUUGGCACACCAUGGCAACCAGGUUUAGAGGCAUAAAAUUGGAACAUCAUGGCAGCUUUAAAUACAUAAACUUGACACAGCAUGACAAUAAGCUUUAGAUGCAUAAACUUGUCAUAUCAUGGUAAUCACUUUUAGAUGCAUAAACUUGGCACAUCAUGGCAAUCAGCUUCAGAGGCAUACAAUUGACAUACCAUGGCAAACAGUCAGAUGCAUACAAUUGGCACACCAUGGCAAUCAGUUUUAAAAGCAUAAAAUUGGCACACCAUGGCAAUCAGUUUUAGAUGCAUAAAAUUGGCAUAACAUGGCAGUUUUAGAGGCAUAAUUCUGGGAUAUCAUGGCAAUUUUAGAGGCAGAAACUUUGCACAUCAUGGCAAUCAGUUUUAGAGACAUACAACUGCUUACUCACAGACUCAGAAGUGCUGUGUCCUGCUCUUUCAUCCAGGUACCUCACAUUGAUUAUCCCAGUGGUGGAACUUAUGUAGAGAGUGCCCUGGUGCAAAUAUGUUUUCUGGGCCCCCCUCUAGUGCAAGUGUGGCCAAAAAGGUAGAUCUCCAUCUGUCGGAGAACUUCAACAAUGCUAUACCAGAUUUUGUAUUAAGUAUAUGUGUGCAUGUAUGGGUGUAUUUGUAUAUACGGUUGCCAUUGGAAUAUAGUGGUGUACUUGUUUGUAAUGUUUGCGUCUGAAUGCAGGGGUGUUUGUAUGUAGUGUCGGACUUGAAAUUCAGGUGUGCUUUUUGAUGUUGGUGUUUGAAUGAAGGGGUGUUUGUAGAUAAUUUUAGUGUUUUAAUGCCGGGGUGUGUUUGUAUGUAAUGUUCGCAUUUGCAGUACGUGUGUAGUGGAUGCAGUGUGUGUGUGUGUGUGUGUAGUGGAUGCAGUGUGUGUAUUGUGUUUAUAAAAUGUACAUAUACAGAAUGUGUGUUUGAAUAUAAGCAUGUUUUAUACACACACAUACAGAGACACACACAGACACACAAAUACACACCCUGACACAGCAAUACACACAAUGACACAUAGUUUCCCACACAUAGAUACACAGACACUCAUGUACACAGAUACACACUGACACACAGUACACACAGACACACAAAUACACACACUGACACACAGAUACAUUGGGGGAGGGCAGGGAGUAAAGGGGUUACAUGGGGGAGGGCAGGGAGUGAAGGGGUUACACAGGGGAGUGAAGGGGUUACAUUGGGGGAGGGCAGGGGAGUGAAGGGUUACAGGACAGAGUGAAGGGGUUGCAUGGGGGAGGGCAGGGAGUGAAGGGGGUGACAGGGGGAGGGCAGAGUGAAGGAGGUGACAUGGGGGAGAGGCAGGAGUGAAGGGGUUACAUGGAGAGGGGCAGGGAGUGAAGAGGGUUACAUGGGGGAGGGCAGGGAGUGAAGGGGUGACAUGGGGGAGGGCAGGAGUGAAGAGGUUACAUUGGGGAGGGCAGGGAGUGAAGGGGUUACAUUGGGGAGGGCAGGAGUGAAGGGGUGACAUGGGGAGGGCAGGGGAAGGGGUGACAUGGGUGAGGGCAGGGAGUGAAGGGGUUACAUGGGGGGAGGGCAGGGAGUGAAGGGAUGACAUGGGGGAGGGCAAGGAGUGAAGAGAUUACACGGGGGAGGGCAGGGGGUGAAGGGGUUACAUGGGGGGGAGGGGGAUGUCUGGGGGCUGUGUCCUACCUUCAUUGAAUUCCCUGGUUGUCCAGUGUCUCCCUGGUGGCCCGGUGGGUUAAUGCUCCGGUCUCCAGCUCCGCCAGGUGCAGAGCUGCAGACCAUGUAAUAAAAGUCUUGCAAGCUCCCACAGUGUUGCCAUGGUAACGCUCUGGGUGCUUGCGAGACUUCUAUCACACGGUCUGCAGCUCUGCACCCAGCCGGAGCUGCAGAUCGGAGCUUCUGGGUAGACUGAUUGGAAGGAGCCCGGCGGCAUACAUGGCAAGCCGCCGGGCUCCCUCCUGGUGUCAGUCUGCUUGCCCGAGUCCCCUGCGGCCCUGGAUAAGUGGGUCAGCGCGACCCACUGGGAAUCACCCUGCGACCCACCAGUGGGUCGCGACCCACACUUUGGGAACCGCUGAUCUAGAGUGUUUCCAUGGAGCACUAUUUUUAAGCUUGUGAAAAGUCUGCCGAGAAUAUCAUAGUAGUAUUUACUUAAAGAGACACUCUAGGCACUAUAACCAUUUCAGUUCAUUAAGCUGGUUAUAGUGUCUUGGCACUGUCCCUUACCUACCACUGCAAGCCAUAACAUAGCCACCAGGGGUAAAUGUCUGCUUGCUUCAGCCAAAGGGACACUCCAGACCCGUAAAGUACAAUAGCUUGCUGAAAAGCUUUAUGUGUGAAGAGUGUGUCCUCUUUAUUUCAUUAUUGUCAUUAGCUACAAAUAUAUCGCUACACCAAGUCUCCCCUUGAACUAUCUUUUUUUUCUAUUCUAUCUCUUCCUCCCUCACUCACUUCCACCUGCCUUUUCACACUACUCUACCUAUCAUUUCCCUUUCUUUCUAUUUUCAUUUUGUUUUUCUCUCCUUACACAUUUUUAUCAUAUCUCUCUCUAUCAUUAUCAUUGCUCUCUCUCUACCUAUCACCAUUCUCUUCCAUUCCAUUUCUAUCCUUUCUUUUUUUUUCUCUCUACUAUCCCUUAAUCCCACUAUAUAUAUAUAUAUAUAUAUAUAUAAAUAUAUAUAUUACACAAAACCCCCCUUGUUUCAUAUAUAUAUAUGUAUAUAUAUAUAUGUGUGUGUUUUGCCAUAUACCACUAUUCAACUGUUGUUUCAUUCUGUUUCAUCUUUUAGUUCUCGGUAUCUAUUGACUCAUUAUUGGUAGAACCUCCGCAAGCAGAGAUCCCUCUUUGGUUGAUCAUCGUUUCCGUGGGAUCUGGCAUUCUCCUCCUGGGAAUUAUCAUCCUUCUUCUUUGGAAGGUGAGAGUCAACACGUUGUGUGUACAGAUCCUCGCUAGUCACCCUAAAACCCUUUCAAUUUACCUCCUAUCCUUUCCGUUACCUCUCACCACUUCAGAUGUUGCUUCUAAAUAUACCUUUCUUAUAUUUAAUUCCUGCAAAGGUUCUUAUAUUUGACUUUUUUUAUUUCUUACUAAAUGCAAUUGAGUAACUUAGAGAGAAGAUAAGGAAACUUUAAUAAUUCUAGACAAGGAAUUCUGUUAUUCACAAAUGCUGUCAGGGAGUGAAACAUUGCUCACACCACGGUGAAUGGAAGAUUGAUGUCGCCAUGACUAUUAGUGUGUACAGCAUCUUCAUCUUCAUAUUUUGCUAAAUUUAUUCCAGAGUAGAUCCUGUUAGCUUUUACCACAUACAAGUAACCCAUACAAGUGCAUGCAAAACAAUUUCAUUUAAGUUUGAGUUCGAGAAAUGUGCAGUUUGCUUCCACGCUUUUUAAAGGAUCACUAUAGUGUCAAGAAAACAAAGCGGUUUUCCUGACAAAAUAGAGCCGAAUGUGCAUGCGCUGCAAGUGCUGCGCGCACUUUCCAGCUGUCAAUAGGAAAGCAUUUUUCAAUGCUUUCCUAUGGACGCUCUGCGCGAUGGAGGCAUAAUAUGCCUCCAGCAUCGCAGAUGCGCCUCUAGUGGCUGUCCUGAAGAGUGGUGCAGUGGUCUGGGUGCCUACAGUGUCCCUUUAAUUUAUUGUGCCAGUCCAAAAGUGUUACCUUGGCUUCCAACUGUAGGCCCUGAUUUGACACUUCAAGGAUUCCUGAGUUUUUUCUUCACAUAUUUUAAUGAACAUUUACAGCUUUUUUUUAAGUAUGAGUCCUCCUUGCUCCUUCCUCCCAGCAUUUGGGUGCCUCCAUCUUAAAAAGCAUACAGAGAAGGGGAGAAAAUAAAAAAGCUUUCUCUUUCUCAUUUGCAUUGUGUGCCCUGGCACCUGGGCUGAACUGGAUUGUGAUGUAAUUUGCUAAAUUUUUAUUUUUAUUUUAAAAACUAAACAGAGAAUCACAUGAAAAAAGGUUAGUUCAGUUUAUAGCUGAUUUCCAAUGUUUUAUUCAAUGGUGACGGCUCCCUCUUAGUUCUACUUUUUUAAGAACUUGUUAUACAAAUUCUUUAUCAUUAGACUAAGGUUGGUUUUAUAUCCAUACACCACAAAUAGCACAUUUUGACCAAAACCUUUUUUCCCCCCGCAGAGAUGUCCUUAUAAAAAAUAAAAUACACCCAGUAGGACAGACCUAUGUACAUGAAAUUAAAUCUUAGUGUAUAUUUUAUUUUGGAAGCUCUAAACAAUUUCAGACACAUAAUGCUAUAGGAAGCAGCAAUUUUGUUAUUUUUCUGUGAUGGCUCCCUUCAGACAGAUUGGUUGUUGAAUUUCUUGCAGAUAGCAAUUCUUAAACUAUGAUACCAUUAGAAUCUCUUCUUCAAUCACUUGCUGAGCUCUGUCACUCAGUUAAGUCACUUACUAUUAGGCUUUUGACCUAUAUACUUCCAUUCUGUCAACAUCUUGAGUCCUAAAGACGAGUUCUGUCAACUCUUGUACUUCCCUGCAACUAUUCAAGUCUUUCAUCUCUAAGUUUCUAAUACUGACUCCCUCGUAUGGCUGGGCCCUGAUCACUUUCCUGCCUUGUAGUGUGGAUUCUUCCGGAGGGCCAACACCCGCGCCAUGUAUGAGGUCAGAGGUCAGAAGGCCGAGAUGAAGAUGCAACCAUCGGAGGCGGAACGUUUAACCAGGGAGCUUGACCUCUGA